CUUCAGUGAAUAACCUUGUGCAUUUUAGAAAAUCUAAAGUCAUCUCAACUACCAGGCAUAUUUGCUUCUUCAAUAUAUUCUAAUUAGUUGUGUUUUCCUGCAGAACAAAGAUGGUACCAUAGAUUUCAGAGAGUAUGUAAUUGGCAUAGCAAUUCUUUGCAAUCCUGCUAAUACAGAAGACACAAUUAAAAUGGCCUUCAAGGUAAGUGCUGAUGUUUAAAUGCCUAAAGACACACCAAUGCUUCAAUCUUGUUUGGAGGAGGAGGGCAUUUUGUAAAUUUUGAAGCCAGAUGUAUACAUACAGUUUGUUGUCAUUUGCUGUUAACCUAUGGUUACUGCUGAUGAAGUAUAAAAACAAAAAAAAAAUACAAUUACCAUUUAACAAACUCAAAGAAUACGAGAACUCUGAGAAUGGACAAGUAGCUUACACUUCGGUAAAUUCCCGCUCAGGUCUCAAAAUAGCUCACUUGUGCCAUUACAGAGAGAACAUAUUCCGAAACAUAUUAGACUGAUCCCACCCAUACGGUCAGUCAAUAACCUAACUGUUGGCAAAUUCUCUCGGCACUAGAGAUGCAACAAUCCCAGACUAUCGUUUUAUCAUUCUUUGUGCCUUGUUAGUGAAGUAAAGCUGAUACUUCUCAGGGCACAGUGAACACGGAGUCAAUGUCUAAAUGAACCUUUUAACUUCAGGAGAGCCAAGUUAUUGCAUUGCAAUAAUUAACAAAGAAUAUGAGACUAUUUUGAGGGAUUUACCGAAUUCCAUUCUCAGAGUUCUUAUAUUUAGAGUUAAAAGGACACCUGGAUGUUCGGGUCCGGUGGGUUCCGCCUAAUUUUGAAAAAAGUCCUGGUUCGGGAUUGAACUUGAUCCCGAAUUUGACGAAUUUGUCAAUGGGGACACGAACUUUUGGACACAAAAAUGGCUCUAAAAAACUCCUGGAAAGGGCUAGACGGCUGCAAAAGGAAGUAAAAUGGGGUUAAGAGUAGGACAAGUGCCCUGCAAACAAAUGUGGAUAGGGAAAUCACUUAAAAUAACAUAGAAAUUAAAAAUACAGCUGAGCCAUAAAAUAGCACUAGAUGGAAUCUUUUAGCUUUGGAAGAACAUAAAUCAAAAUCUAAAGCAUUGCUGUCAGGAGGAUCACCAGAAUUAUCCAUUUGAGAGAGGGUUGGAGUGCAGGGUAUUCUCUUUCAUUGUUCAAACUGAGCUCAACUCCUGAUGCAUGGAGAAAAGGCCUUCACAAGCCUCUGCUAUUGUGUACAUAGUUUAUACUAAGUGACCCAUAGGUUGUGGAGGCGGUGACCGUGGCGGUGUAGGUGGAAGCGGCGGUGGAGGAGGAGGAGGAUGUAGCCAACACUGUUUAUUUAUAUAUAAAUAUAUUUUUUAAUUGGGGUAGCCCCCAAAAUAUUGGGACAUAUAAAAAAGAAACAUUUGCGGCCUGCGGUGCAUUUCUUGAAGUCCUGAUGCAUGGAGAAAUGCUCAACUCCUGAUGCAUGGAGAAAAGGCCUUCACAAGCCUCUGCUAUUGGGUACAUAGUUUAUUUUAUAUAUAUAUAUAUGUAUAUAUAUAUAUAUAUAUAUAUUUUAAUUGGGGUAGCCCCCAAAAUAUUGAGACAUAUAAAAAAAAAAGAAAACUCUGUUCCACAGAGCGACUGACCCGUGCGUGCUGCAGCUGAAACUCUACUUACGCCUGCUGCUGUUCACACAGUCUCAUGAGGCUGUGAGCGGGAAGGCUGAAGUUACGCUGCACCGCAGACAUGCGAGCAGCAGCAGGGUGAGAACGCCAAAAGCACGCACAGACGGCCCACACUUUCUGCAGCAGCUCUGAUAUAUCUGGGUAAUUUUUCAGGAAUUUCUGCACCACCAAAUUCAGCACAUGCGCCAGGCAAGGGAUGUUCGUCAAAUUGGCUAGGCCCAGAGCUGCUACGAGAUUUUGCCCAUUAUCGCACACCACCAUGCCAGGCUUGAGGCUCAGUGGCAACAACCACUCAUCGGUCUGUUGUUCCAUGCCCGUCCACAGCUCCUGCGCGGUGUAGGGUUUUUCCCCCAAACAUAUGAGUUUUAAAACAGCCUGCUGUUGUUUCCCCCUGGCUGUGCUGAAGUUGGUGGUGAAGGUGUUAAACUGACUGGAUGAGGAGGUGGUAGGGAAGAGGAGAAGAGGAUGAGUAGGAGGAGGGGUCAACAGGAGGCAAAUCUGUGUACCCAAAUAAAGACUGUCAAACGUUGUAUCCUGGAACUGUGUCCCAUCCAGUUACUGGGGAAAUGGGUCUGAUCUAUUCUAAUCAAAGGGGAUAACCAUCGGUUACCCAGGUCCCGCUUCAAUUGGUGGCAAGCGGCGGGAUCCCAUGUCCCUGACAACAAACCCAUGGACUACAGUGCUCUAAAGCAACCUACACUGCAGGACUUCUGUGGAGCCAGAGGAAUAACGCCUGGUGGGGGUAACAAGGCUGAAUUGACUGCUGCACUCAUGGAGGACGACCAGGCAUGCAGUGAGGCAACGAACCCCAGCCAGGGGCCGGAGAUGAGGAGGAAGUGCGCAAGGAGGUGUAACAGUGCCUGGCAUAUUACUGAGAGCCACCCUCAGAGGAGAUUGUCAGCAGGACCUUUUGGAGGUGCAAGCCUAUGUCCUUGACAAUAGACAGAGGGCAACUUCCAUGAACCCAGAUGAAGGAAGAAGGGAGCAGAGGGCACCAGGAAGCACAACCACCCUGGCCCACAAGCUACCAUACAAUGCCUUCAAAAACUUCAAGGAAGCAGAAGAAGGCAUUGAUGACAUUUACAAGACUUUGAGCACCAGUGCCUACUCCAAGACGUGGACUCCAGCAACUGGGUCACCAUCCUGGCCAGCAAGCUAGUGGGGAAGGCAGUGGAUAUUUACUGAGCUGUACCAGAAGAGCAGAUCAGAGACUAUCCCUUUAUUAAAUCCUCCUGACCCGGUAUGCGGUCACCCCCGAGCAUUACCGCUGAAUGUUUAGGGAUACCUGGAAAGGGGAGAAGAACUCCCAUGUGGAGUGGGCAUGCCGCAUCACAAGGGCCACCCAGAACUGGCUCAACUCCCAUCAAGCCAAGUUUAGAGGCCCUGUAAUUGUAAUGAGUCCACUUGAAAUCCUUUAACUCUGAUCAAUUGGAGGGCAAGUCUGGUGCAUAGCGACUGACCCGUGCGUGCUGCAGCUGAAACUCCACUAUCGGCUGCUGCUGCUCGCACAGUCUCUCCAGCAUGUGUAUGGUGGAGUUCCACCUUGUGGGCAUGUCGCAUAUGAGGCGGUGAGCGGGAAGGCCAAAGUUAUGCUGCAGUGCAGACAGGCAAGCAGCAGGGUGAGAACACUGAAAGUGCGCACAGCCGUUACAGUGAAUGUCACAUCCUGUUCCAAGUUGCGGAUCAGUCUGGUGAUGGCUUCUGGUAUCCAGUACUCGUUUUACUGAAGCUGCAUCAGGGUCUUGGCAUGUGGCCGCACAAACGCUGGUGCUCAACACCAGGGGGCAUGCAGUUACCCUGCACCAGACCCUGCUAAUCCAUUCCACACUGUGACUCCUAACUUCAACAUCAGGAAUACUGGGUACCAGUCGUCCGACCGCCGCCCAAACAGUGUCUGGGUCCCAGUCACUGGACUGCGAAACCUUGAAUAGCUCGUUAAAACUCUUAUGGUUCCUUUUAUCCCUCUUAUGCUGUGCUGGUGCCUCUGUGCACCCAGCGCCUCUUCCUCCAAACUGCACAUGUCACUCGCAUGACCUUGAUUCCAUGUGGGGUCUAGGACCUCAUCAUCCUCCACAUCAUCUUCCACCCUGCCUUCCUUGCCGGUCUGCACACUGCAGAAAGCCACAGCAGUUGGCACCUGUGUUUUUCCAGCAUGUAAAGUCUGCAAGGACAUAUGGAAAUUGUUUUAGAAUCGUAUCCAGGCAACAGUUUUCCCUAUAAACUGACCUCUCAGUUUGACUUGUGAGGGUGUUGCCCCAGAAUUACAAUAUUGUUAUAUUUGUAUUUGACGGUUAUAUUUGACUAUCAGAUAUGAAGUGCAGGCCGCAAAUGUAUUAUUUAGACUUGGUCAAACUGCGCUGUAACCACAGUAUUUGAUGGUUCUAUUUGACUCUCAGAUAUGAAGAGAUCGCCCCAAAUAUACUUCUUAGGAGCAAAGAAAUUGGAAUUUUUCAAAGUGCGCUAUAAAUACAGUAUUUGACGGUUCUAUUUGACUCUCAGAUAUGAAGUGCAGGCAUCAAAUUGACUUUUUAGAACCUAAAGAAUUCGAAUUUUUACAACUGCAAUGUAAGCACAAUAUUGGACGGUUCUAUUUGACUCUCAGAUAUGAAGUGCACCGCAGGCCCCAAAUGUACUUUUUAGCAGCCAAAAAUUUUGAAUGUUUAAAAAUGCUAUGUGACAGCACUAUUUGAUGGUUCUAUUCGACUCUCAGAUAUGAAGAGCACGCUACAAAUUUACUAUUUAGCAAAUUAGCACCCAGAAAAUAAGAUUUUUUACAAUUGCGAUGUGACCGCACUAUUUGACGCUACUAUUUGACUCUCAGAUAUGAAGUGCAGGGCCCAAAUUUACUAUUUAGCAGAUUAGCACGCACAAAAUAAGAAUUUUUACAACUGUGCUGUAACCGCAGUAUUUGCGCUUCUAUUUGACUCUCAGAUAUGAAGUGCAGGCAUCAAAUUGACUUUUAAGCACCUAAAGAAUAAGAAUUUUUACAACUGCAAUGUAAGCACAAUAUUUGAUGGUUCUAUUUGACUCUCAGAUAUAAAGUGCAGGGCCCAAAUGUACUAUUUAGCAGAUAAGCACCCAGAAAAUAAGAAUGUUUACAAUUGCGCUGUAACCGCACUAUUUGACGCUUCUAUUUGAAUCUCAGACAUGAAGGGCACGCCCCAAAUUUACUAUAUAGCAGAUUAGCACCCAGAAAAUAUGAAUGUUUGCAAUUGCGCUGUAACCGCACUAUUUGACGCUUCUAUUUGACUCUCAGAUAUGAAGAGCAUGCCCCAAAUUUACUAUUUAGCAGUUUAGCACCAAAACAAUUAGAAUCUUUCCAACUGCGCUGUAAUCGCUGUAUUUGACGCUUCUAUUUGACUCUCAGAUAUGAAGAGCACGCCCAAAAUUUACUAUUUAGCAGAUUAGCACCCAGAAAAUAAGAAUGUUUACAAUUGCGCUGUAACCGCACUAUUUGACGCUUCCGUUUGACUCUCAGAUAUGAUGUGCUGGCCCAAAUUUACUUUUUAGCAGAUUAGCACCCAGAAAAUAAGAAUGUUUACAAUUGCGCUGUAACCGCACUACUUGACGCCUCUAUUUGACUCUUAGAUAUGAAAUGCAGGGCCCAAAUUUACUAUCUAGCAGAUUAGCACCCAGAAAAUAAGAAUGUUUACAAUUGCGCUGUAACCGCACUAUUUGAUGCUUCCGUUUGACUCUCAGAUAUGAUGUGCUGGCCCAAAUUUACUUUUUAGCAGAUUAGCACCCAGAAAAUAAGAAUGUUUACAAUUGCGCUGUAACCGCACUACUUGACGCCUCUAUUUGACUCUUAGAUAUGAAAUGCAGGGCCCAAAUUUACUAUCUAGCAGAUUAGCACCCAGAAAAUAAGAAUGUUUACAAUUGCGCUGUAACCGCACUAUUUGAUGCUUCCGUUUGACUCUCAGAUAUGAUGUGCUGGCCCAAAUUUACUUUUUAGCAGAUUAGCACCCAGAAAAUAAGAAUGUUUACAAUUGCGCUGUAACCGCACUACUUGACGCCUCUAUUUGACUCUUAGAUAUGAAAUGCAGGGCCCAAAUUUACUAUCUAGCAGAUUAGCACCCAGAAAAUAAGAAUGUUUACAAUUGCGCUGUAACCGCACUAUUUGAUGCUUCUUUUUGACUCUCAUAUAUGAAGAGCACGCCCCAAAUUUACUAUUUAGCAGUUUAGCACCAAAACAAUUAGAAUUUUUACAACUGCGCUGUAACCGCUGUAUUUGACACUUCUAUUUGACUCUCAGAUAUGAAGUGCAGGGCCCAAAUUUACUAUUUAGCAGAUUAGCACCCAGAAAAUAAGAAUGUUUACAAUUACGCAGUAACCAAACUAUUUGACGCUUCCAUUUGACUCUCAGAUAUGAUGGGCCCAAAUUUACUCUUUAGCAGAUUAGCACCCAGAAAAUAAGAAAGUUUACAAUUGAGCUGUAACCACACUAUUUGACGCUUCUAUUUAACUCUCAGAUAUGAAGAGCAUGCCCCAAAAUUACUAUUUAGCAGAUUAACACCCAGAAAAUAAGAAUUUUUACAAUUGCACUGUAACCGCACUAUUUGACUCUCAGAUAUGAAGUGCAGGGCUCAAAUUUACUAUUUAGCAGAUUAGCACCAAAACAAUUAGAAUGUUUACAACUGCGCUGUAGCCGCACUAUUUGGCGCUUCUAUUUGACUCUCAGAUAUGAAGAGCACGCCCCAAAUUUACUAUUUAGCAGUUUAGCACCAAAACAAUUAGAAUUUUUACAACUGCGCUGUAACCAAAGUAUUUGACGCUUCGAUUUGACUCUCAGAUAUGAAGAGCACGCCCCAAAUUUACUAUUUAGCAGUUUAGCACCAAAACAAUUCGAAUUUGUACAACUGCGCUGUAACCGCAGUAUUUGACACUUUUAUUUGACUCUCAGAUAUGAAGUGCACUCCACUAAUGUACUUUUUAGCAUCAAAAAAUUUGAAGUUUUAAAACUGCAAUGUGACAGCAGUAUUUGACGCUCUGUUUGACUCUCAGAUUUGAAGUGCACACCCCAAAUGUACUAUUUAGCACCAAAAAAAAUUGUCUUUUUAAAACUCCGAUGUAACCGCAGUAUUUGACGCUGCUAUUUGACUCUCAAAUAUGAAGUGCACCACACUAAUGUACUUUUUAGCACCAAAAAAAUGUAAGUUUUAAAACUGCAAUUUGACGCUUCUAUUUGACUCACCCCACUAAUGUACUAGUUUGCAGAAUUCUUUCCUAAUCUGUCCCUGCAGCAUCCUCUCCCUACACUAAUAGGAGCUCAUGUGCGUGCGACGCUACGCAACUCCAGCUUAUAUAUAGAGCCUGGGUCACAUACUGCACUGGCCAAUCACAGCCAUGCCACUAGUAGGCAUGGCUGUGAUGGCUUCUAAGGGCUCAAGAGUCAAACGCUUGUUGAUUGGCUGCCCUGCAGCCUUUCAAACCGCGCCGUUAAAUUGCCAAACACCGAACUCCAACCCGAACAUACAGUGAUAUGUCCGUGUUCGGGUCCGGGGUCCCAAAAACUUUGCGGUUCGGGUUCGCUAAACUCUACUUAUAUUCUUUGCAUUUGUUGCAAUUACCAUGUAACUAUUUUAUAGAAAUAUAACAUUUAUACAACAUUAGUUUUGAUUAUUAGCAUUUUAAAAUUUUGGAUUUUUCCAACAAUAGUGAUGUAACACCACAAUUUUAGAUAAGAGACAACUAUUAUGCUGUUACUUCCUCUAAUACUCCAGUUUGCAGCAACAUUAAAAUCAACCAAACCUGACAAAAUUUAAAAUACAUGAAAGUUUAUUGUUCAAAUGGAACAUUAGCCAGUCAUUAUCAGUCCCAGCUUACAUAAGUGACUGCUUCUCAAUUCUAUACGUCUUUGUGACGAGACCAAUCUCGCCACAUUGCAUUGGAGAAGCCUGGUUGCUCGCCUGCUGCCUUUGGACUAUGGCCCCCUUUUAAAAGACUUUAUUUUUGCCUGCAGAAAAGCUGUAUUCGUGCUUUUCUGCCUGGGUUUCAGUAGAUUUGUUUGAAUGUGGUAUACCCCAGAUGGGAAUCCCAUGGAGCCCCUUCGUAUGAAACUGACUGUAAAGACUUUGGCUCCAUGGUGAUUAAACUGUAUUUGUGUGGUCCGAGCGCCAUUCACUUAAUAAUGUGCGCUCAGACCUGAGCUAUCUGGGGAUAUGUGAAAUGUCUGUGUUUUAUGUAUAAAUGUGACUUUAUGUAUUUUAAAGUGUUUUGUGUCUCUUUGCAACCAUGUGCUUAAUUGAGUCUUGUGUCUGUCCUGGGAGAUAAUUGAAUUACUUAUCUCCAGGAUAGAAGACUCUGAAACUGGUUUGGGCCAGAAAGCCAUGCUUCAUUUAGUCACAAAGGACUUUUUACUAACUUUUGAACCCCUGGUCUGAUUCAGGCCAUUUUUUAAUAUGUUGUUCCCCUGAAUGGAUUGAUGGUGAAUGUGUAAUUUUAUGUGAAUGUGAUGUAUGGUUUUAGAGUUAUAAAAGUUGGGUAGAAAGUAUGUUUUAACUGUAUGUAUAAUUGAGUUUCCUCUCAGGAUAAUGGGAGGGAAUAUGUGGGAUGUAACUGUGAUGUUAUUGGUUGUUUUAUACCUCCCUGUGAGCGGUCCUGUAUUUGAAAACACUGUAAUAAAAACCAGGCUGGGUGUGCCAGCACCUCAGACCACUGCUUGACCCUCAACACGGAGCCUUGUCUCGUUCUUGGGGGGAUUCACUGUAUGCUGUUAGAGACUGAUUGCCAGGAGUGUAAGCUGUUAGUCUGCUUUUCCUGUUCGUCUGCUAGCAGCUAUUUGGGAGGUUCCAGUUCGGGAGUUGGAGUGCUAUUUUGUAUCCAGUUCGUGAGUUUUGGUGUUCUGCAGUAGCUGUGCCUGCAUCUCUGGAAAGGGGGCCGAUCGCCUAAACGGUUUUUACCCCUUGUGUGCAAAACGGUCCGUUACAGUCUUCUUUGCCUGUGACUUCUUUAAUUUAUUAAUUAUAUGUAUUUCUAGAGAAACAUAGAACCAGUUGAAUAAUCCAGUGAAUUAACUCUUGUAAAGAACUGUUCUUGUCUUCUUAAUAAUACCCUCAAAGAUACAUCAUCAAUAAAUAGGAACAAAUCUUUAACCUGAAAAAACAAAGACAAAUUAAUAAGUAGGAUGUGGUGGGCAUAUAAAGGGUGGCAUAAUACUUGCGUUUUUCAUAAAAUUGGACUUUCCAUCACUAUUAGUAGAAAAAUGUUAUUCCAGACAGGAAUUAAAGCUUAACAAUUUUAUCUAAUAACUGUUUAUGAAAUGUGUUCCCCAUGUUUAAAACAAAUUAAUUUAAAGAUUUAUACGGAUUACCAAGUAAGCAAAAGAAGCAGGUUGCGCCAUAAAUCUAAAAAAUUAAGAAUCUAGAAAGAUCUCUAAAAUACAAUAAAAAUAGUCUAGUAACAGUCCAGAAAUCAAAAAUAAAAAAAAAUACCAGAUAAAAACAGUCUUAGAAGUAUCUUUCAUUCAAUAUUCAUAAUGUGCUUGUUGGGCAACUUCGGUUAGAUAGCAGCAUAUGUAGGAGAACAUAAACCGGAAAAAGACCAAUAGGGCAAUAUAGAAAUAAAAUAUGGAACAGACAACACAGAGGUCUAAAAAAUGCCAACUCACAUAUUAUAGAGCUUAAACCAACACUGAGUAAAACAGCAUGCAGUGGUAUUUUAUUCCAACUUACAGGACGGUAGUUCACAGCAGGGUGGUGGUACAGUAGAAAAUAUGAAAUGACAAAAAAGGAGCCAAUAGUGUUCUCUAUUGAGGUAAGUAUACACACAAAAAAUAUAGAUAUACAUACAAUAGGUGGAUCAGACUGACUGGUCUAUAUAUCAGACGUGGAUGGUAUAAUCCCCACCUUGGAUUCUUUACACGGUACUCCACGGAAGUAUAUGGAGGUAAAUCCAGAUGCCAGGUAAUAUUAAUAUAAAAAUAAAAUAAACUAAAAGUAUAUGGCUUACACUAAAUAGUAGAGUAGCUAAAAUUAAUUAAUUUAGUAUAAAAUAUUUAGAAUAAAAAAAUUGUCGCAACCUGUUUCUUUUGCUUACUUGUUUAGUUUUCUCUUUGUGGUUUAGAGGGAAUCCCCUAUUUUCAAGUGUGCUGCCUACCUUAUAUUAUUGUGUGGUUGUUCAGCGCUGCUCCAACCUCCCUCUCUUUUUAUACGGCUUACCAAUCUGCUGCCUUGAGGAUAUCACGCAAACUACCUUUGUGGCCUUAGUUCCUCUAAAUGAAUUUUGGAAAUAUCUACACCUGAUAAAUUCAUAAUAUUUUUAAUCCAUCUAUCCAAAGUAGCUAAAAAUGCAGGACAAUAAAGUUUACAAAAUGAUAUUAGUAAUUGUAAUCAAUCUUUCCUGAAUGGAUGAGUUUUCUCUUCAUACAUUUUAAAACAGCAUACAGAGCUGUAUUUUCCAUUAGGCUAACAAGGCAUUUGUAUUGGGCAGCAUUUUUGAAGGGGAUGGCAAAAAAACCCCACCCCAAAUGCCCCGGCAGAUGCCUUGCUAGCCUUGUCUCAUGAGGAGCCCAAGAGCUACCCGGCUGGCCACAUUAGGGCCCCAUGUGGAUGGGUGGCUGUGGAUAUUGUAUACAGGCGUCGAGGUAACACCCUGCUCUAUGCAUUUCUUACUUUGCUCUCUCGCGUACCCUCCUGUACGUCACUCCAGCCCAAGCAUCACUAGCGGCAUCACUACCCCAUCUCUCCCAAAGGUAGGGUGGCUGUGAGUGUAAAAAAAUGUGUGUGAGUGUGUCAGUCAGUGAAUGUGUGUGUUUUUCAGUGUGCAUGUAAGUUAGUGAAUGUGUGUGUGUGUGUCUGUCAGAGUGUGUCAAAUCAGUGAAGUAUGUGUAUGUCAGUUUGUGUGUAUCUAAGAGUGUCAGCCUGUCAGUGAGUGGGUGUGUUAGUGUGUCUGUCAGUGAAAGUGUAUGUUGGUUAAACAGUGUGUGUGCCAAUGACUGUGUAUCUGUCAGUAAGUGUAUGUCAGUAUAUGUAUCAGUGAGGGUGUGUGUCUGUUUGUCGGUCAAAGUCUUAAAAAGGUGCAGCCUCGACAGGAAUGGGUGGGGCAAAUUUAGAUUAGGGGGUCCAAGUUUAGUUAUGCCUAGGCAGCACAAAAGAAAAAUACACCAAUGACAAUUUACUAAACACAAAUUUUGAAAGUUAGAUAAAACAGUUUUAAUCCUAGUUUUUGCCCUCCUAACUACAUGAAAAACUACCAAUUAUUAUUUUAUUGUUUUAACUUAGUAUAUAAUUUUUAUCAAAAUCUAAUUCCUUGACAUCCAAAAUAUACUUAAAUGAAAUCAGACACAACAACAUAAUUUCUACCUUUACUUCAGAGAAAAUGACCGGGAAGGGACGUCGCCCAUAACACUGUGGGAAGCUCAUAAGAGUGUAAUCCGCGGAACGCUCAUUCGGAUUGCAUCGCAGAAAAAAAAGCGGCCACCCUGGAAAUGGCAGAACUAUACAAGACCAUUUCAACACUAGAAGCACAACAUAAAAGAAAUCACCUUAACGUAAUAUAUGGAGAGCUCAUGGAGGCCAGGAGAGCAUUUAAAGACCUAAUAGUGAAGAAGCACCUCCGUGCCCUGCAGGGUUCAAAGGGCUUCUUCUACACCCACGCUAACAAGGGGGGUAAGUACUUGGCCCGACUCCUGAAAAGCACUUGACCACAAACACAUAUCCGCAACUUAUGUCUCACAUCAGGCACGGUCUCCCCCUUUCCUCAGGAGAUAGCAGACAAAUUUAAGAACUUCUACCAAUCCCUGUACAACCUCCAACCACACGGAGGGAACGAAUGAAGGCAACAUAACCAUACCCUGAAGACCUACUACCUAAACACCAACAUCACGGAGGUAAUCGAUUCAAACUCAGCCGCGGCCCUGGAUGCUCCUAUCAGCACAGAGGAGCUGCUUCUGCUCUGAAGGGCACUAAAAUUGGCAAAGCCCCUCAACGCAGUAGCAGAGGGGGGAGCUUCGGACUAGAAUCCCUGUCAGCAACGAUAACCAUCUUGCUUGUAACGGACCGUUUCAGCAUACAAGGGGUUAAAAUCCGUUUAGGCGAUAAUCCCCUUUUCCGAGACAGGCACAGCUACUGCAGAACAGCAAACUCCCGAACUGGAUACAAAAUAGCACUCCAACUCCCGAACUGGAACCUCCCAAAUAGCUGCUAGCAGACGAACAGGAAAAGCAGACAAUCAGCUUACACUCCUGGCAAUCAGUCUCUAUCAGCAUACAGUAAAUCCCCCCAAAGACGAGACAAGGCUCCGUGUUGAGGGUCAAGCAGUGGUCUGUUUAAUGAGGGCUACCUGCCCAGUAUUUAUGCAGGUCUCCCACCUGGUGGACACUCCCCUAGGGGACCAGAUGGAAGACUGUAACAAAAGACAGACAUGUACCAAUUACAGACAUACAGAAGUAAAACAUCCCCACAAUGCAUCCUGGCUUCCUCCCCUCUGCCCUGGAGAAGUAAUUCAAUUAUCUCCCAGGACAAAGGCAAAACUCCAUUACACACAUGGGGACACAAAGACAGACUAUCACUUUAAAAUACAUAAUGGGACAAAUGGUACAAUAAAUAUAUACAUGUAACAUAUCCCCAGAUAGCUCAGGUCUGAGUGCACAUUACUAGGUGAAUGGCACUCAGACCACACAAAUACAGUUUAAUUGCCAUGGAGCCAAAGUCUUUAAUUCCACGAACAGGCUCCAUGGCUUGGCUAUCUGGGUUAAAACAUUCCUCCAACAUAAAAUACUGAAUUUACAUACAUUCGUUAAAUUGGUACGCAUUAGAACCAGGGGCUGGAGGCUCAGCGGUGCUUAGCUGACACAGUGUCCAGAUUUGGCGUAGGAAAGCCAGGCAGAAAAGCGCUGGCUGCCCGGGGAGCUCCAGAACAUCGCCAUCGUGUGGCGGCUAGGUGUAACCGCGACCACCCAGUAACAGUCAAUUAAGCUGCGGUUAACCGCAGCUACUGGGUGGUCAAUUGCCCGCACACGCUCGUUAAGCCGCGGUUAACCGCGGCUUCAGGGAGGUAAAUGGAGGGCACACGCCAGCUUCUGGGUGGCCAAUUAACGGCGCCAGCCGACUUCCCACGGCUCUGGGGAGGCUGAUAGAAGUCUGUUUGUUCGGUAGAUAGAAUCUACCGAACGGCUGUACAGAAAAGAAGGAAUAAAUCUUUCUACACAGUAAAAUUAACCGUUUAACUGCCGGUCCAUAAUCCAAAGGCAGCAGGCGGGCAACCAGGCUCCUCCAAUGCAAUGUGGCGAGAUUGGUCUCGUCACAUUGCUCAAACCAGGAAAGGACCCACUAUGCUGCGGUAGAUACCAACCGAUAGUCCUCAUAAACGUUGACACUAAACUGUUCACCGAAGUGCUAGUGACAAUUCUACAACCUUACCUCCCGAAUCUGAUUCACGCUGAUAAGACUGGCUUAAUCCUCGGGCGUGAAGCACGAGACAGCACCUUACGACUCUUCUCCAUCCAACAUCUGGCGAGGGAGAGGGGGGAACGCCUUCUACUGCUAUCGACGGACGCAGAGAAUUCAUUUGAUCGGGUCAACUAGCAGUACAUGAUGGCUAUGCUAGAGGCGAUGGGACUAGGAUGAACCCUUUUGACAUGGAUAUCUGCCAUAUACAGCACACCACGAGCCUCCGUGAGGGUCAACAGAGCCCGGACAACCAAUUUUGCGAUAAGCAAUGGUACGCGGCAGGGAUGUCUCCUCUCCCCCUUGUUAUUCGCCCUGUCCUUGGAGCCACUCCUGCAGGCGAUCCGCUCGAACCCGAAUAUACAGGGAUACGAAGGAAGGGGAACGACCCAUAAAGUGGUGGUGUAUGCCGAUGAUUUACUUUUCUUCAUUAAGCAUCCCCGAAUAACCCUACCGAAUCUGCUGGCGGAGUUUAAACGCUACAGCGAAAUAGCAGGAUUUAAGCUCAACCUAUCAAAAUGCAAGGUGCUGAACCUUACAUUACCCACAGCUGAAUACAGGGCGUUAGAAUCUGAAUUUGAGUUUCGAUGGUGCCACGGCAAGAUGAAAUAUCUGGGUAACCACAGACCCAGGAAAACUCUACGAGAACAACUUCCAACCCUUGUUACACACGAUAAGGUUGGAUCUAACCAGAUGGGCCUUCCCUCAUAUAAUGUGGCAUGGGCGCAUAGCCGUGCUUAAAAUGAAUGUGAUCCACGGAGUGCUAUAUCUUCUGCAGGCAAUACCGGCGACCUUCUCUUCCCUGAAAACCGCAGUCAAACGCUUUACAUGGCGAGGUGAACGCUCCAGACUGCAACACAACAUCCUUUACUCAGAAGGACAACCCUCACCCCUUGACGCCUUUUCCCCCCGCCCCCUGAAAACGGUCCGGGGCUGCCCAAGCACGUGGCUCACACCCACCCACACCGCUUACCCCAAGGGAGCACAACCCUACCACAAACACGAUGCCAACUACCAUACGAUGUGCCUCCAUCAAGGCAAAAGGUCUAAAUGCCCCUACCAAGAGACACAACAUCCUCAGAUGGGCACGCAGACAACAAACCAACAUCCUUCUUAUCCAGGAAACACACUCCCACAACCCACUGCACAUUCCCCCUCACAAACAGCGCCCCCUCACCAGAUUCUAAGACCAAAGGGGUAGCAAUAGUCCUGAAAGCAAACUGCCCCCUAAAUGGACAUCACCUGCACAAAAGACCCACAGGGCUGCUAUAUCACGAUACAAGGGAAAAUCUGUACAAUAACAUAUGCUUUCUCAUCAGUAUAUGCACCCACAACAACAGACACGACCUUCUGGCAACAACUUGCAAUCCACCUCAACACCUUCUCAUCCACCCACCUCAUAGUAGGAGGCGACUGCAAUGCAGUCCACACACCCACCACUGACAGAACAUCACACAACACCACACGCACCCACUCGUACCAAAACGACACCCUUUUUGCCCAGUUCCUAGCAUUGUAGAAUCUAUCAUGCAUAGAUCACUAAUAACCCCUGAAUAUAAUAAACCAUGUCACCAACUCAGACAUCUGCCCAAUCUCCUGGUCUGAUCAUGCUGAGAUAGCAAUCACCAUAAAUUUACCAACAAUACAUAAACAAUGGACCUGGCGACUGAACCCCCUGCUACUGCACGAUAAGCUGAUUAGAGAUAAAACAGCCAAAGCAAUCAAAGAAUAAUUCGAACUGAACUCCCCUACUGCAACCACACCUAUUUCCUUAUGGGCCGCACAAAAAGCGGUCAUCAGGGGUACUCUCAUCAGCCUAGCAUACAAGAAAAAGCAAGCCCAUCAACAAAUAUCCGAAGCAAUGGCGACACUAUGCCGCCUAGAAACUGAACACAAAAAACACCCGAACCCCACCACACUGCGGAACUGACAGCCACUAGGGACCUUCUCAAAUCCCUUACACAGGCAGACACGGCUAAAGCCCUUAUGUGGCUCAAACAAAAAUUAUAUUAAUUAUAAUAUUAAUAAUAGACACAUUCCUACACAACGCAACGCUCCCCAAAAUGUCCCAAGAAGCCAAAAACACAAUAGGAAAGGAAGUCACGGUGGAAGAAAUGGCACAGAUAGUAGGGUCACUCAAACCCAAUUAAAGUCCAGGACCAGGCAGCUACACGGCCCUAUACUAUAAAGAAUUUGACCCCCUACUCCUCACACACCUCUGCGCGGUAUUCAACGCCACACUCAGAGGAGAAACACUACCACCCGAAAUAACAAGCACAAACAUAUGCCUCCUACCCAAACCGGGCAAAGAUCACACAGAACCCGCCCACUACAGGCCAAUCUCGCUACUUAACGUAGAUCUUAAUAUUAUGACCAAGAUAAUGGCCAAUAGACUGAACCCUCAUCCACCCGGAUCAGGUGGAGUUUUUCCCCACAGACAAGCAGCUGACAAUACCAGGAGGGUCAUGGACCUCAUUUGGCUGGCUAACCACAGACAAACCCCAACAGCAAUAAUAUCCCUAGACGCAGAAAAGGCCUUCGACCGCCUACAAUGGCCAUUUCUCUAUAGAACCUUGUCACACAUCGGGCUACCACCAGAAUUCACCUCCUUCCUACCCACUAUAUACAACUCACCACAAGGUGCACUCCUGCUGCCCACACUUUCCUAUAUUGAACGGCACCGCCAAGGAUGCCUCUUGUCACCCUUACUCUUCGCCCUCUCGUUGGCGAAGCAAUCCGAGCCAGGCGGGAGGUCAAGGGGAUCGAAGUAAGAGGGAAAACAUUCAAAGUAUCGGCUUAUGCCGACGAUAUGCUACUAACGCUGACCAACCCAGAACAGUCGCUCUGCCCCCUCCUCAGCAUCAUACAAAACUACUCAGGGUACAAGAUCAACCUAACCAAAUCCGAGCUCCUACCCAUACAAAUAGAACCUCAGUGCCUGACCAGAAUCGAACAAACAUUCCCACUGAGAAUAUGCCACACAGACAUAUCAUACCUAGGGAUCAAACUACCAACAGACACAAAAGACUUAUACGCAAAAAAUUACACCCCACUGAUACAUGAAUCCCACGAGGACUUAAUAAAAUGGAGACCCCUGGGGAUCUCCUGGCUAGGACGCAUCACCUUGAUUAAAAUUAAUCUCCUCCCUAGAUUCCUAUACCUCUUCGAAACUCUCCCAAUACCAAACCACAAACAAGACUUCAAAACCCUACAAUCGGCAAUAAAUGCAUUCAUCUGGAAUGGACGCAAACCAAGAGUACGCAGGAGCACCCUGUAUGUGCCCCCAAAAAAUGCAGAGGCCUGGGACUCCCCAAUGUAUCACACCACCACUCGGCAACACACCUAGUGCAAAUACAGCAGUGGCACGUCCCGCCUGGGAAAAAACGAUGGGUGGACCUUGAACACCUGAUUUUCGGCUGGGACCACCCAUCCCUCUACAUGGGAUGGGUGGUCCCACAUAGACCCCUACCGCCCACAAUCACCCACACACUCGACCUCAGGGACAUACUAAGAGACAAAUUUGAACUGUCCUCAUUCCUCUCCCCCAUGACUCCGAUUUGGAGGAACAAACUGUUCCCACCGGGGCUCACCCCAAAACAUUUCGCCCACUUCGAUCAAUGAGAUAUAUCAAGACUCCAACAUGUACAUGACUCUAGCUAACCACCACACACAACUAUCCCUCCCAUACAUAGCAGCAUGGGAAACAGACCUUGACCCUCCGGAGGAGGCCACAGACUGGUCAGACAUCUGGGAGGCAACAGCCUCCAUAUCGAUCUGCAUCACACAUACAGAGCAGGCAUACAAAAUGCUAUUCUGCUGGUACUUAACGCCACAACGCCUUGCAAUCAUGCACCAAAUACCAUCCAACACCUGUUGGAAACAAUUCGGUGAAAAGGGUAUGUUCCUAAAUUGCUGGUGGACAUGCCCGAAACUCCAACCUUUCUGGCAAAGUGUCACACAACUAAUCACUAAACUAACUGUGAAACCCUGCCCCACAGACCCCUGGGCACUUUUACUCUCUAAACCAUUAGAACCAUUCACCAGAGCGUAGAACAAACUCAUAGCUUGCAUCGCCCUGGCAACACGAAGGGCCAUAGCAGAACUGUGGUCCACAACCACGUAUCCUGACCCAAGAAAUUAUCACAAAAAAAUUAAAUGACAGCUCACAAAUGGACAAACUCACAGCGCAAUUACAUGACUCUCCGAAACAGUACCACAAAAUAUGGGACCCAUGGCUGGAGGGAGACACGUCCAUACCAUGGUAACCACACCCGAUAGAAAACCAGACAGAAAACCUCAACACCCCAGAAAAACAACCAACAACUUCAGUACAUACACCCCCGAGCAACAGACCCACAUGACACUGUGACCCUCAUCCAACAAAUGCCACCCCACAACCCUCAAAGGAGGGGGCGCGCCUCGGGCUGCCAUCGGACUGUGAACCCACCCCCACACCCAAACCCCCAAACCCAUCCCCACCCCCGAAGACGACCUCAAAAAUAAGACUCAGACUGACUCAUAAAAUAGACAUAGGAAGUACGACAAUGCAAACAUGAAGCAUAGGUGACUUAAACCACUUACAGGCACAGGUACAGCACCACAACACACAAAAGCAAAGGUGCCAAUACGCCUGACUACAGACUCUGUGAUGGACCCACUACGCUACUGAAUACGGCAACCACACAUAUAAAGUUAACACGAGGCAUGGCAACGCACUAACAAUGGUGCAAUUCCACUAAUGUAUACCGCACUCAUCUGUGUCAAAAUACAACUAUGUAUGAAUACGUACCCUGCGUUAGUACCAAUCCCAUUAACGUAUAUUGCAACUAUCUAUGUAACUGUGCCCUCAAGGCCGAAAGAGUACCCUGCGAUGGUACCGCUAUCACUACCAUCUGCAACUCCCACCUACCCCUACCCACCUCCUAUCUCUUUCUUAUGUACCCCUGCAAGGGAAAAUCUAAUGUAAAACAAAAAGUUACAUUUAUGAUGUGUCUCAUUAACCAGUGAGUUAUUUACAUCUAACCAUGUUAUACAUGUUACCGUAUUUUUCGCUCCAUAAGACGCACUUUUUUUCCCCUCAAAAGUGAGGGGAAAUGUCUGUGCGUCUUAUGGAGCGAAUGUGAAGAAUUACUUACCUGUCUUGGAACGUGGGCCGGCUUCACAGCGCGCUCCGCGGUCCAGGAACUUCUAUUUCAGGUUCCGGUUUCCGGCGGGACUGAAAGGAAGUGUGCACACUGAGUGUGCACACUUCCUUUCAGUCCCGCCGGAAACCGGAACCUGAAAUAGAAGUUCCUGGACCGCGGAGCGCGCUGUGAAGCCGGCCCACGCUCCAAGACAGGUAAGUAAUUAUGGGACAAGGGGAGGGGGAGACACUAUGGGAGGGGAGGAGACACUAUGGGAGGGGAGGGGAGACACUAUGGGAGAAGGGGAGGGGGAACACUAUGGGAGAAGGGGAGGGGAGACACUAUGGGAGAAGGGGAGGGGGAGACACUAUGGGAGAAAGGGAGGAGAACACUAUAGGACAAAGGGGGAGGGAGGAGACACUAUGGGACAGGGGAGGGGAGAGCACUAUGGGACAAGGGGAGGGAAACACUAUGGGAGAAAGGGAGGGAGACACUAUGGGAGGACAAGGGGAGGGGAGGAGACACUAUGGGACAAGGGAAGGGGAGGAGACACUAUGGGACAAGGGGAGGGGGACACUAUGGGAGAAAGGGAGGGGAGACACUAUGGGACAAGGGGAGGGGGGGACACUAUGGGACAAGGGGAGGGGGAGACACUAUGGGAGGGAAAGUGCACUAUGGGACAAUGGGAGGGGGGGACACUAUGGGAUCAGAACACUAAUGGACAAGGGGAGGAGGGGUUAAAGAACACUAUGGGACAGGGUAGGAGGGGUUAACAAUCACUAUGGGACAGAGGAAAGGGGGUUAAAGAUCAUUAUGGGACAGGGGAGAAAAAAAAAUAUUCUGAACAAACUGUCCCAUGGUAAGAAACACUAUGGAACAGUUUGUUCAGAAUAUUUUUUUUUCUGGGUUUCCUCCUCUAAAAACUAGGUGCGUCUUAUGGUGAGGUGCGUCUUAUGGAGCGAAAAAUACGGUAAUUCUUUAAGAGGCUAAAGAAUUAACAUGUAUAACAUGCUUAUUUAUCAAACUACACCAUAUCAUAAAGAUAUAGAAGUUAUAUAGUCAUAUUAUAGUAUAAAAAUUAUUGUUUAAAAUAAUUAUUGAAUAAUAAAAUUGUUUACAAAUAAUUAUUAAAGUGCAUAACGUGCUUAUUUCUCAAUCUGCACCAUAUCCUAGAGUUAUAAAAAAAAAUAGGGUUAUAUUAUAUUGGAGACUAUAGAGAUAAAGAAACUACCAAAUUGAUUUUAGAAUUCCCAUGACAGCCUGGAAAGCCCAUACUUGAUGUGCAUCUAAUAGAACAGUCACCAACACCACAGAUUGAUGAUAAUCUGUAAAGUCAAAACAAAGUAAUUAAUAUCACAUGAUUAAAAACAAAUUUAAGUAAAUCUAUAUUAACGGAUUGAGGUCAUAUUCAUGAUUAAGUCCCUUAGGAGCCAUGGUAUCAAGUUCUUUUACCCAAUGAGCUUCUCUAAAUAACAGCCUUUUCUGUCUAUCUCCACGUCUGAAUUUUUCUUUGUGUUCAAUGAUUUGGAAUUAUAAUUGUGCUAUAGUGUGACGUGCCUCUGAAAAAUGUGAAGGGAUCAUUAAUUCUAACAUUUUAGUUUUGAUCAUUGAAUUGUGUUUUGAAAAUCUUUCUUUCAAUAUAAUAGUCCACAUGGACAUUUUAAAGUAUAGACCAUGUGUAGUGUUACAUGUAACAAACUGUUUGACUAAGUACUUUUUGCCUUUGUGGAGAUGGUAGAACAUAGAUCCUCUAAUCAUGGAAUUGCAGCACACAGAAUUGUAGCAUGGAAAAUUUCCAUUUUUAUUUUUAUUUGGACUUGUCUUAUUGUAGCGGAGCUGCAAUAUUAAAUCCCAAGAUCUCCGCUGGCAUAGAAGGUAAUCCAAAGUAAAGUGCUGGAAAAGAAGGCAAUAUCCCAAAUCCACCAGUAACUGGACUAAACACAGUUCAGGGAGUCAACUGAUAAUUUUAUACACGGCUCCAGGAGUCAACUGACAAUUUUAUUCACGGCUCCAGGAGUCAACUGACAAUUUUAUUCACGGCUGUUAGCCUAUGCAUGCUCUCUAUUCUAAAACACACUAAUACAUUUUUACACCAGGUUAACACAGCUAUUUCAGACAACCUUUAAAUGUUCUGUAGUAUAACCUAAAGUGGCUAGGUUUGCCACAAUGCUCCCCCAGAACCAAGCCAGCAUACACAGUCUGAUCCCAACGGAUCGGCUUUGGGAUGUCCGGAGGAGUACUCACAGAUCACUUCUCAAGGUCAGUCUGUCUAGAUAACCCGUCGGCGUUACCAUUUUGCUUUCCUGGGCGGUAAUGAAUAGUGAAGUCAAAAGGCUGCAGCGCCAAACUCCAGCGCAGCAGCCUGGCAUUGUCCCCCGCCACACGGUUCAGCCACACCAACGGGUUGUGAUCUGUGAGUAGGGAAAAAGGUUGUCCAUAUAAAUAAGGCUGCAACUUUUUGAGGGCCCACACCACGGCCAGGCAUUCUUUCUCAAUGGCAGCGUAGCUCACUUCACGGAGUAAUAACUUUUGGCUUAAGUAAGCUAUGGGAUGUUCUCUGCCAUCUGCUCCAACUUGGCUCAGCACUGCUCCCAAUCCAAACAUUGAAGCAUCUGUGUGGACAAGAAAUCGUUUAGUUGGAUCAGAAGCAGCAAGUACAGGUGCAUUGGUUAAAGCAGUCUUGAGUUGUUGGAACACCUGAUCACACUCUGGGGCCCAGAUGACCUGUUGAGGAAGGUUUUUGCGGGUCAAGUCAGUCAGGGGUUGGGCCAGGGCGCUAUAAUUGGGUACGAAUUUUCGGUAGUACCCUGCAGUACCCAGGAAGGCUAGCACUGGGGUUUUGUCCGGGGGGUAGGCCACUUAGCUACUGCUUCAAUUUUUGCUGGUUCAGGCUUUUGCUGUCCACUCCCCACCCGAAGCCCCAGGUACUGUACCUCUGCCAUCCCUAUGUGACAAUUGUUGGGCUUUAGCAUCAACCCUGCCUCUCCGAUACGGUCAAUGACUGUUCCAAUAUGUCGCAGGUGGUUUGACCAGGUCUGGCUAUAGAUGGCGAUAUCAUCCAGGUAUGCACAUGCAUACUCCUGAAAUCCAUCCAGUAGCCGAUCCACCAUCCGUUGAAAGGUAGCCGGAGCAUUUUUCAUCCUGAAUGGCAUGACGCAAAACUGAUACAAGCCAAACGGGGUGACAAAUGCCGACUUGGGGAUGGCAUCCUCGGCUAGUGGAAUCUGCCAGUACACUUUGCAUAAAUCUAUUGUAGUAAGGUACUGGCCUCGUGCCAUUUGGUCUAGCAGCUCGUCUAUCCAGGGCAUCAUCGGGUAGGCAUCAGACACUGUUUUGUCAUUUAGCCUCUGGUAGUCUACACAAAAGCGUGUUGUGCCGUCCUUCUUGGGUACCAGCACUACCGGCGAUGCCCAUGGGCUAUCAGAAUGUUCAAUAACCCCUAGCUGCAACAUUUCCUCAAUUUCCUUCCUCAAAUGUUUCCUGACCGCUUCCGGGAUACGGUAUGGGGUCUGCCGCAUAGGUAGCUGUCCGGGGGUCUCAACUCGGUGUACCCUGGUAAAUUGGAGAAUGUGGUUCCCUUAGCCGCGAUUAACUCCUGUACCUGGGCACGCUCCUGAGGACUUAGCCGCUCCCCCAGCUGAACACCUGUGGAGGCCUCUGCCUGAUCUUCCCGCUCUAAUAAGUCAGGUAGCGGAAGAUUCUCCUGAUCCUCAGAGGCUGAAGCGCAUAUCGCCGCCACGUCCUCUAUCCUCUCAUGGUAGGGUUUGAGCAUAUUCACGUGGAGCAUGCAUCUCUUCCCUUUCCCUGAGCAGGGGCCAAUCACAUAGGUGGCGUCACAUUUCUGUUCCACCACCUGGUAUGGGCCUUGCCACAUAUUCUCCAUAGUUGGUGGGUCACCUCGGCCGUGAACUGCAUACCCCUAUCCGAUAUGAUCUCCUGGGGGAACCCCACCUGAGGGAACCCCAUUAAGGCCUCGGCCACUGUCUCGGCGUAGAUAUUAGAGAGGGCUACUGCUUUGGGGUACUGGAUUGCUGAAUUGAUGUCUCCCUCCAUCAAUUCAGCAAUCAGCACAUCUUUUGGCUUAUUACUGGCUAUCUUACCCCUGGCUUCCAAUAGUUCCUUUAAUGUCUGCCGUUUCAAUGCACUCUAGUCUGUCUCCAUUCACCUCUGUGUUCGGUUCUUUGUUGUAUCUGAAUUGCCAUUCACUUUCCUGUUCGGUAGUUUCAAUUACCCGAACACCGCUUUUCGGCUGUAAGGUUGGAUGCCGUCGCUUGCCACCAAUUGUAGCGCAUCCCAAGGUCUCCACUGGUAUAGAAGGUAAUCCAAAGUAAAGCGCUGGAAAAGAAGGCAAUAUCCCAAAUCCCACAGUAACCGGACGAAACACAGUUCAGGGAGUCAACUGACAAUUUUAUUCACGGCUGUUAGCCUAUGCAUGCUCUCUAUUCUAAAACACACAAAUACAUUUUUACACCAGGUUAACACAGCUAUUUCAGACAACCUUUAAAUGUUCUGCAAUAUGACCUAAAGUGGCUAGGUUUGCCACACUUGUCUUGGGGGAUAUUGUUAGUUUGGCUUUAACCAACUUAUCCCGAAUGGAUGGAGCACGUUUGAGAAUGAGCAUUGGUUUCAUUUUAAACUCAAUUAUCUCAGGAUGGCAGUCUGCCAAUAUGUGCCAAUGUUUAUCUAUCACUCUUUUUAGUCUGGUGGACAUUGUACCAAAUCUAGAAAUCAGUUUAAGUCUGUUGUCUUUAUUGGGUCCACUGUCAGGGAGAAUCACAUUUGGUCUAUCUAUAUUGGACAGUUGAUUCUGGAUAAUGGAUAUAGGAUAUCCUCUCCUACAUAAUCUCUGGUCAGGAUGCUGGUCCAGCUGUUCAGUUCUAGAGACCAAUAUUUUAACCCUCAAAAGUUGACUUUUUGAGAUAGCUCUGAACAUAGAGGGGGGAUGAAAACUAUCAAAACAUGUAAAAUGGUGUUUUUAUCAAGGGGUUUUCUGUAGAUGCCCGUAUUCAAUUUCUCAUCUCCCUUGGAGAUCAGAAUGUCCAAAAAUGGGAUGGAUUCCAAAUCCAUCACCAUAGUAAACUUAACAGUUUCUGAGCACUCAUUAAGAAAACCAAAAAACUGAGGGGCUCCAAUGGGCCACACCACAAUGCCAGCACAUCAUCAAUGUAACGCCACCGAUGUGUAAUGUAUUUCUUAUACAGAUCAUUUUUGUAUAUUGUCUCUUCAAGUUUGGCCAUAUAAAUGAUGGCAUAUGUGGGGGCCACAUUGGAGCCCAUCGACGUAUCCUUAAUUUGUACAAAAAAAUCCCUCUCUAAAGGCAAAAUAAUUCUCCAUCAUAAAUAAAAGUCAACAAUGAUAUUGUUGUCUAAUGCUUCUUUUAAUAUGGUAUCAGUCUUAUUUUUUGAACUAGUGUAGGGUCAGUUAGUACUUUCUUAUAUGUGCCACUGUCAUUUCACUGUCUAUUUAACUGGACAAAAUGUCAGACCUUUUUUCAAGACUGAGGUUUCUUCUUCAGAUAGGACGUUAGAAGAUAAGUUGAUUAUUGUAUCUUCUUCAUCUUUUGGGGGCCCUUGUUUCUCCAUUUUGCUGGUAAUGUUCUUCUUCUUGUGGCCACUCUGGCUUAUUAAGUCUUAGACCCAGUGCGCACUGAUACUUUGUUAUUCAGCGCAUGUGCAUCUGACUGGUGCACAGCGCAUGUUUCUAUUUUCGUGGGGAGUAAGACAUCAGUAUGUAAAUGCCCCCUGGUUGAGUGUAACAUAUAUUCUCUUUUCAGCGCAUGUGCGUCCGACUCGUGCACAGCGCAUGCUCUUAUUUUCGUGGGGAGUAAGACGUCAGUAUAUAGGUUGCAUGAAAUGUCAUUACGUCGAUGUCACGCACCUGACGGAAAUGCUUUUCUGGCGGGACUUAAACUGUUUCAAACUAUAAUACAUAAUUUAAUUAUUAAUUUAAUCAGGCGUUACUGGGUUUUGAUUGAUGACACAGCUGACGACCUUUAUCUCUGGGUAAGCUACACUGGAGUGCAUUAACUUAAUUCCUUGAUUGUUUAAAUUAUGUAAAUUGGGUAAAUUAUGUUAGUUAUUGUAAUCACUUGUUCCUAUAAAUUUGUACCUGUGUAUGCAUUUGAUGGCUUGACAAAGACCGUUCAGGUCGAAAUGUUGUGUGGCAGUGGGUUCAAUAAAAGUGAUGACGUAGGACGUACGCAUGGGCGCGCACACCCACGAGCGCGGUGAUGCUAAUGCCCUGAAGGAGAGAGCUCGUAGAGGAGACCCGCCGGUUUGAUGUUAGUAUACAUCUCGGAUUAAAUAUCUUGCCAAAAUUCCCCUAACACCCUAAGCACUCACCACGGAAAGCGGGAAGCGGAAAGAGGAAAGUGGUACUAGUAACACCGUACAGAGACGCUGAAGUCCUGGGAGUUAAGCCUGCCUGUCUGCCUCGAGAAUAAUUGGAGGAAGGGGAGCGAGUGAGACAGAGGAGGCGUCGGUGUUGGUGAGAGCGUGGGGUGGGUCCCUGGCGGACUUACCGAUGCACUUUUUUUUUUUCCUCUCUCUUUCCUUUCUCUCUCUACUGUUUGCGUUCCACAUAUAAUAUAUAGCAUGGAGAGACAAAGUAAGACAAGUGUAAAGGAAAGAAAUCAAAUAUAAAUAUAAAGGUGGGAGAAAGUGAAAGGGUAAAGGGGUGGCAAAAUAAUUGAAGGCAAAAGAAAAAAAAAAAGAAAUGUAAGAAAAAAAGUUAUAGAAAGAUACAAAAAUCAGAUGGCAGACUUGUUAUAAAUUUAAAUGCCUGCUAAAGAAACGAAGAAAUGAUAGAGAAAAAUGAGCGUAGAAAAUCGGCUGUUGCCUAACAAAAUAUGGACACACCUUUAAAGGGAUUACAAAUUAAAGCAUUAAGGCAUACAAUCUUAUUUUUUUUUUCUCUGCUUGUUUUUUUUUUUUUGAUUGGACUAACUUAUCUUUGUAAAUGCUUGAAGCUUAAAAUUACCAAAAAAAUAAAAGAUAAGAAGGAAUAAUAGCAAAACGACCAGAGACUAGCACAAAAGCCAGACUUAAUCCAGAGCAAUUGAUUAUAACAUAAAUAGAUGUAAAUUACAGCAUUGGAAGAAUCCCUAAAGCUACAACCCAGCGGGAAGAUUCACGAUAGGGGAAAGGAGAAGAGGAAAGAGAAGAAAUAAGAGAAAAUGUUUUUUUUCUCCUCCCUCUCUCUCAUGGCAGCAAAAAAGGUCCAAGAAGGUAAACAACUAACGAAGAGAGAGAAAGAGAGGAAUCUGGAAAUUAGACCAGAAAAUCUGCCUCUACUUUGUCGCAACAACAGAGACAAGAGUUAGAGCAACAAAAUGAAAGAGGUACUUCAUUUCAAACACUUAAAGAAAUAGAAAUCACGUCACCACAGAAGGAACUUUUAAAACAGAACCAAAAAGAGGUUAAUCUUGCAGAAAUACAUGAGUACUUUUGAACGCCAAUUUGAUAAGAUAAAAAAUGAAAUACAGGUGGGCCUUACGGAAUUUAAAACUGAAAUUCUAUUAAUAGAGAAGAAAGUUAAAAUUAAUGAAGAAAAAAUAGAAUCUCUAGAAUACCAGCAAGCUAUAGCGGAAGAUGUUCAAGAAAACGCCAAGAAAAGAAUAGCAGAUUUGCAAUUAAAAAUCACUGACUUAGAAGACAGAAUGAGGCGUAAUAAUUUAAGACUUAGAGGAAUUCCAGAGAUAAUUACUCAUGAAAAACUGCAAGAUUAUAUUCUGAAUCUUUUUCAACAAUUAGAUAUUCAAUUGUCAAAUCCCUUACAGAUGCUAGAGCGGUGUCACAGAAUUAUGAAACCGGAAACAAUAGCACAAGACGCCCCAAGAGAUGUACUUAUAUGUUGCGCAUCAUAUAAGAUAAAAGAGCAACUAUUAAGAUCAGCAAGAAUGACUAGAUUAAUAGAACCAUACAAAGAUAUUGUAAUUUUUCCAGACAUAUCAUACCAUACCAGGACGAAAAGAAAACCGUUUUCAGCACAUACAAAGAUCCUAAGGCAAAAGAAUAUUCGAUACUCGUGGAGAUACCCAAGUAAAAUUGUGGUUUCUUAUGAGGCAAAAACGUAUUAAUUCUCUGAUGUACCGGCUAUAGAAAAAUGGUUUAAUGAUAUGAAAUUUGCUGUCACUAUUUGAAUAGUAUGUGUUCAUAUGUAGAUAUGUGUAUGUAUGUAUUUAUUUAUUUUUUUCGUUUUCUUCUUCUUCUGUGAAAGAGAGUUCAUAUUAGCUAUGUUAGUAGCACAAUAGGGUAGUUAGUCACAGGGAGUACCGUACAAGAAGAUAUUAAAAGGUAAAGUUACACUUAGUGUUAUGAAUGUAAUUUAAAUAUUAGUAUGCACAAUAACGAUUUAAUAAUAGAGGUUAGUAGUAAAGUAUUAAUGGUGUACUAUAUCUAAUUUGAUAAAGACUGGUUGAGAAUUAGUGAGAUUAUAGAAAGAAUAGAAGUCACAAAUAUUACACAAGAAAAAUGGAAUAAAAAAGUUAGAGUGUGAACAUAAUCAAUAAAUACUAGGUUUAAGGAUUGACAUAAGUAGCACAAUAUAAUAGAAAUAUAUUUAUUCAUGGUUAUGAUUUAAUUAAUUAUUUAACUAAAGAGCUAAAGUAAUAAUAGGGAAAUAGGAAAAAGAAUGUACUCUCAAAUGGGAUUAAAGGAAGGAGGGGAGGGGGAUAGGGAAGAGGAAAGGGGAAAGAGGGCUGGAUUUGAAGAAAUAUACGAUAUAAAUAUGAAAUUUUAUUAAUAGAGAAAAUAUUAAAGAAGAUGAAGGGGAAUACAUAUAUAUACAUAUCUAUAAUUUUUUUUCCCCAUUUAUAUGUUAAUGAAAGUAUUUCUCUCUUUCAUUGAGGUAUUCAGCAUCAUACAAUUGAUCCCAGUAGGGAUCCAGGUGGACGGUUUGGUGAAAGGGGAUAUUCACCAAAACCAUCCAGACUUCCUUAAAGGGAUGUUUUUUUUUCUGUUGUUUGUAUGUAUUAGUAUGUUUGAAUUUGUCAAAAUGUUUAAUGUUAGUCUUAGUCUCUCCACAGUGACUUAUGUGGAGGGUAAAGGAAAUAGAAAUCUAUCCAGGAAAAUUGAUACUUAUGUAUAAAUGUUUGAAAGUCAAUAGAAGACAUCAUGACUUUAUUGAUAGUCAACAAGAUACAAGUCAUAAAUUUUUUUUUGAUAAAUGGUAAAUUUUGUGACUAUCAAUGUACAAGGUCUUAAUUCACCCCAAAAAAGGAAAAUAGUAAUUGAUCGUAUGAAAACAGAAAAUUCCCAUAUAGUGUGCCUACAAGAGACGCAUUGGCGACAAGCUGAUGAAGGGCGAUUUAGAUUUUGAGAUUUUCCUCUUUCAGUAUGUUCGUCACUUAAAGAGAAAAAGAAAAGAGGAGUAGCAAUUUUUUUUUCAUCUAAAAUAAAUGUCUCUAUAAAACAUCAGAGUAUAGAUAAAAUGGGCAGAUGGAUUAUAUUAAUUUGUGGUAUUGAUGAAGAAUUAUAUACAAUAGUAAAUAUCUUCGCACCGAAUUCUUCACAAUUACAGUUUAUACAAAAAGUCCUAACGAAAGCAGAAAAAAUUAAGCAAGGAACUCUUAUAGUUUUAGGUGACUUCAACUCUGUAAUCGAUCCCAAAUUAGGUAAGAGGUCUGAAAAAAGGUAAAAUACCCUCCAAGAAUGUCUUUAAUCAAUCUAAGAAACUGAGUAAUAUCAUACAAAAUGCAGCUCUUUUGGACCUUUGGAGGAUAUUCCAUCCUACCGAUAGAGAUUUUACUUGUUUUAGCAAGACGCAUUGUUUGUAUUAAAGAAUUGAUUUAAUCGUAAUAGAACGUAAUCUGCUGGGUAGAACAAAAUCCUCUAAUAUAUUGUCCACCACUUGGUCUGACCAUAAUAUGGUAAAGGUCCACUUGAAAGAUAAAUUUACUAGACAAAGACCAGAAUGGAAAUUGGACAAGAAAAUAUUAAUGUCGGAAGACAAUAGAGAACAAAUUUCUAAAGCAAUAGAUACAUAUUGGAUAGACAACCAAAAUGAUAAAAUGGUGUGCAUUUAAAAGUGUCAUAAGAGGUCACUUAAUUAUUAUGGCUGCGGACGAUAAAACAAGUAAAGGGAAAUCUCUUUCAGAGUUAUAUAUAGAAUUAAGUGAAUGUAACAAAAUAAAUAUAACUUCCCCUACAAGAUCUCGAGCAAAUCAAAUAAGGAUAACUGAGAGAAAAAUUAAUGAUAUCUUAAUAGCUAAAGCCAACAGAAAUUUACAAUAUAUGAAAACUAUUUUUUUUUUAUAGAGGAAAUAAAGCUGAUAAACUUCUUACUAGUAAAGUUAAAGCAUAUCAAAAGGCUAAAUUAAUAAAUAAAAUAAAACUAGAUAAUGAAGUAAUAAUUGACCCAUUUAAAAUUGGGGCGGCUUUUAAAGAAUAUUAUCAUAAUUUAUACAACUUAUCAGUAACAGCUACUCAAGAAGAUAUACAAAAAUAUUUUCUAGAUAAGAAUUUGCCCAAAUUAACAUAUUCACAAAUAAGUAAACUGAAUGAAGAUAUUUCAGCCCAAGAAAUUAUAGAGGCAAUGAAAAAAAAUAAAGCACCAGGCCCUGAUGGGUAUGUGGAUUUUUUUUACAAAAUCUACAAAGAUAGGCUCGUUCAAGGUUUAAGGGAAUGUUAUAAUACAGUUAUGUCCACGGGGAAAUUGCCACACGAGAUGUUAGUAGCUAAUAUCGCUCCUAUACUUUAACCAAAAAAAAAAUUCAGAAGAGAUUGCCAAUUAUAGGCCGAUAGCUUUGCUAAAUAAUGAUUAUAAAAUGUGUGCAUCAAUUAUAUCUAAAAUAAUUAAAAGUAUAAUUACGAGCUUAAUAUUGGAAGAUCAAGUAGGAUUUGUUCCCGGGAGAUCAUCGUCUAAUCAUAUCAAGAAAAUUAUAAAUAUCUAUGCUAAGGUACAUGCCACAAAAAAACCCUUUCUUAUCAUGGCGCUCAAUGGCGAGAAAGCCUUUGAUCGGGUUAACUGGAACUACAUGAAAUCAACCCUAGAGGCUUUUGGUUUUUCGGGACAGAUCCUUUCGGCAAUUAUGGCCCUUUACUCCUCUCCAUCGGGCAGGAUAGUGGGAGGGGGAAUUAGGUCGGAUUGGUUUGAGAUUUCAAAUGGUACGUGUCAGGGAUGCCCACUAUCCCCACUUCUUUACAUCAUAGUGGUGGAACCUUUGGCUCAUGACAUACAUUUGAACAUUAAUAUAACAGUCUUGCAUAAGAAAGAUAAAGAUCCAAAGAUAAGCCAGUACGCUGAUGAUAUUCUGUUAACAUUAUCGAAUCCAUCGCAUUCGGUUCCAGCAGUAAUAAUAGAAAUAAAGCAGUUUAGCUUUCUUACAAACUAAAAACUUAACAUUCAAAAAACAGUAUUGCCUUUAUAUAUGGAUGUGGCUGAAUAUAAUUUCUUAAAUGAACAAUAUGAUUUUAGAUGGGAGAGGAAAAGUUUUGUAUAUUUGGGGAUAAUUAUAGUUCGUGACCCUGAAAAUAUUAUGAGAGCCAAUCUGGUGGGGAAGAAUUAACUCUAUAAGGGCUUAUAUCUUUCCUAAGAUUAUUUACUUAUUAAGGAUGAUUCCAUUACCGAUUCAACCUCACUGGCUAACAAAUAUUAAUAAGAUUUUCAGAAAUUAUAUUUGGCUUAACAAGAAGCCUAGAAUAGGACAAGAACUUAUGUAUUUAAAAUAUAAACAAGGGGGAGCAGGAUUUCCUAAUAUUUUUUGUAUCAUCAAGCUGCCCAGCUGAUGCAUACAGUAACUACAAUUAACCAAGACACACAUCCACAGGAUUGGUAUGAAUUAGAGGGAAAGGAUAUUUCGGAGCCACAUAAUAUAGUUAAACUGAUGUGGCCUAUAAAAAUUUUAGCCCGUAAUAAAUAUAAGUUAUGUCAAACAGACGACAUAAUAUCAAAACCUCAGGUUAAAUACUGGACUUAUUUCAAAAAACAAAUGGAUUUGAAAGAUAACAUUUUGCCGGCAUUACCGUUUAGAUAUCUAAGGAAAUGGAUAGAAAAUAAAGACGUCAGUCAGUGGACUAGACAUGGUAUUAAGAGAAUUUCAGAUUUAUUUGAUGGAAAUAAUAUUAUGUCCUUUAACAAUCUUUGCACUGUUUUCAGUAUCCCAUUAUCCCAGAACUUUAAUUUUAUAAGAAUAAAAAGCUUCUUACAUAGAGUCGUACCUCAUUUGAAAGAGCAUUCUCCAGCUUUUAAAUUGAAUAAACUGAUAAAUUCGGGAAAAAAUACAAAGUUAUUAACAAAAUGCGUUGAGAUAUUGAAUUCAAUUAAAGUGCAGAUCCAUCCUCCAGCUAAGACUAAGUGGGAAAGGGAUCUGAAAAUUAAAAUUGAUCUAAGAGGUUUCACCGGGGUUUCAUGUGACAAACUGCCCUGUCUUAUGGAGAAGCUGGAUUGCUAGCCUCUUACCUUGGGAUGCUGGCCCUUUAAGUUAUUGGGUCUUAAGGCACUUUGGACAGAGCCCUUUGUCCCUGGAUUGCAUCGUUUGCCUUACUUGCUUGGAUUUUACAUCUGCACUGAUACAUUUGUAUGUUGGUUCGUGCAGUUUAACUUCCAUUACAGCUGGACUAAGGCUGUUCGUACAGACUGUGUCUGUGGUGUGUGCUGCUUAUUAGCCACCCAGAAGCUGCGGUUAACCGCAACUUAAUUGUCGAAUGCCAGGGUUGACGAACACGUGGCGGCGGCCAUUUUAAAUCGCCGAACGCUCAGCGGUAGUUUGUCGUCGACGCUCUGGAACUAUUUUCGGACACCUAUUUAGACGAACACCGCUGAAGCUCACCACCAUCCAUGCCAUUCGCUUAGUUAGGCACGAACAAUAUGCUUUCGGGAUUUUCAUAAUAGACGAAGGAGACCGACCCCAGGUAGCUGAAGUUAUGGAACUCUUUUCGGAUUCAAUCUCGCGAACAACCGGUGAAUUAAAACUUCAGUCAACGAUAUUGAGAACUGUGUUCGUGGGAUCUGAGCGCUAUUCAGCUAUAAUGUGCGCUCAGAUCCAAGCUAUCUGGGGGUAUGUGGAACUUAGAGUCUACAUUCACUGAAAUAUAAGUUAUAGAUUUUAAAACAGUUUUGUUAAAAUGUUAAAAGCAAAUUUUUCUCUCUGCCUGGAGAUAAUUGGGUUUUCUCCAACCACUUAAGCCAAUUAUCUCCAGGAUAGAGAGGUGUGGUUUCACUGUUACUGUGGGUGUGUUUAAGAAUUGUACUGUACCCUGAUUGGUUCUGUAUAUUUUGUCACAGUCUUCCACAAGGUCCCAUGUGGGAGUUUCCUUGCUGGGAGACCAUCAUAAAAGGGCUGAGUUUGGCCAUCAAUAAAGCAGAUCGUUUUACCCCUUCAUGAAGUCUCGACUCAUGUUUGGGGGAUUGGAAGCUAUAAUCACUUUGUUUCAGCUGGAUUUCGGGAGAAGCUAUAAGGAUCAGCACUGCACGAAUAGCAGGAUCCUUUACAGGCUCUUCAGUCUGUAUACUCCACAGUGCAUUGUUUAAACGUUAUGGAGGCACAGUACAAAUUAUUAAAUAUGACACCGGCAAAGAUACGAAAGUUUUCAAAUUCAGAAAGUCUGGGGUGUUGGAGAUGUGGUGCAGAAGACGCAGAUGAAAUACAUAUAUGGUGGAACUGUAUACCGCUAAGGAUAGCAUGGGAUUGUUUUUUAGUUGAAAUUAAUAAAAUAUUGGGCAUUACACAAAAAUGGGUACCAGAAAUGGUACUGUUACAUCUUAAAUUACCACAACUAGCAAAAGAUGAGAAAUGUUUCUUAAUUCACGCACUGAUGGCUUUUAAAUUGUCUAUUGCCAGGAAUUGGAAAAAGAUGACAAUAGAUUCAUGGCAACAAUGUAAAGAACCACCUUUAUCAUAUAUCUGAAUGACUCAAGUAUCAAAUCGCAAAUUUAUGCAAAUGCCGGGGUCACUCACGUGACCCGGCUAUAAAGCAACAGUACCAAAAUCACAGUGGGAGGCUUAGAUAUCUCCCACGUGUGAUUGUUAAUUCUGAUUGGAAGUUAUCCAAUCAGAAUUAAGCAAAGGGUAUUUAUACUUACCUUUCCUGUCUCUCAGUGCCCUGUUGUGGUCUUGUGAUACCUGUAGUGCAGUUUUCUCGUGUUGCUCUCUGGUUACCGAUUAUUUGGCUCAUUAUUCCGAUUUUCCUGUAUUCUCCACUCCUUCGACCUCGGCUUGUUUCUCGUUCUCCCGUUUUCUGGCUCCCUUUACUUGGCUUGUCUCCUGACUAUUCUUAGUGUGCUUAGCCUGGCCACUCUAAGGACCGGUAUAGCAUUCUUCCGCUCUGUGUCCUGUUAGCGUGUUAGGUUCCAGAAUCGUGACAUUACAACAGGGCCACCAUGGAACCUGCUGACAUUCCACAGUUGUUAGUAAAUCAGGAGGCUAGAAUGGAUGGUUUAGACCAUCGUAUGGAUCAGUUUGCCCAGGCUUUACAAACCAUACUGGCUCGUAAUGCCCACCUGCAACCUGCCGUUCAAGAAGCUGUUGCUUCUGUGCCAGAACCCAUUCCCAAUCCAGUACCUGCUCCUGCUCACGUGGUUCACAUGAUGCCACCUCAGCGCUAUAGCGGUGAUCCAGCAUUGUGCCGUGGUUUCCUCAACCAAUUUGAUAUUCAUUUGGUGAUGAAUCCUCGUUCCUACCCCACUGACAGAACCAAAAUUGCUUUUCUGAUCAACCACUUGUCCGGGAAAGCUCUAGCAUGGGCUAAUCCCAUGUGGGAGAAUACAUCCCCAAUGUCCUUUGCAGACUUUUUUACAGCUUUUAAACGUACAUUUGAUCAACCCGGUAGGGUUGCUUCUGCUGGCAAAGCUCUGCUUAGGGUCCGACAGGGUAAUAGAUCUGUAGCGGAUUAUACCAUUGAAUUCCGCACUCUGGCAGCUGAAGUAGUUUGGAAUUACGACGCCCUCGUAACAGCCUUUCAGGAGGGUUUGGCCACUUACAUACUUGAUGAAAUAGCAUCCAGGGAAUUGCCUGUUCUUCUGGAUGAUGUAAUAGAUUAUAUCAUUCUUAUUGACAACCAUAGUCAAAGAAGGAUGAAUACACAGGGGUUACCUGCUUUACCCAGUACUGCAUUACUAGCAUUACCUCCCCCUAAUCAACCACCUCCCGAACCCAUGCUGUAGGCUUAACUGAAGCUGAAAGAACGUAUCGCAGAAGGGAGGGCUUGUACCUCUAUUGUGGAAAGAGGGGGCAUCUCCGAAGAAACUGUCCUAGUUUGCAGGGAAAUUUCAGCACCUAAGGCCUAGAGAGGGGUCGGCCUUGGGUGUUAUGGUUUUUUCCCCUCAUGUGUCCAUCUCCAGACCAUUUAUUACGGUUACUCUUUUUGUCAAUCAAACCACUAUAACAACUAAAGCCUUGAUCGAUUCAGGUGCUGCAGACAACUUUAUGAAUGAGAACUUUGCAAAAACCGCAGCCUUGACUCUGAUCCAAAAGGCCACACCCUUUGCUGUUGAGGCCAUAGAUGGUAGACCACUUGAUAAACCUCUGGUGACCCAUGAAACUCAAGAAAUGGUUAUGGCCGUGGGUGCCUUACACAAGGAAAGGUUAACCUUCCAAAUAAUUGACUCCCCUACAGCUUCCAUCGUUCUGGGCUUUACCUGGUUAGGUAAGCAUAACCCGGUACUUGAUUGGGGUUGUUUAGAUAUACUCUCCUGGGGGGAAUCUUGUCAACAAGACUGUAUGGCCCGUUUACAUCCCGUUUGCUUACUUAAUGUGCCUACAGCUAAACCACUUUCUGUUUCUGUCCCUCCUGUUUAUGCAGACCUCGCAUUGGUCUUUGAAAAAAGGGAGGCUGAUAAGCUACCCCCACACCGGGAUUAUGAUUGUGUCAUAAACCUGUUACCUGGUACUAUGCCCCCUAGGGUCUACCCACUUUUUGACCAAAAAAAAAAAAAAACAUGUUAUGUAGGAGUACAUACAGGAAUCUUUACAUAAAGGUUUUAUCGGAAGGUCCUCCUCUCCGGCUGGUGCAGGUUUCUUUUUUGUUGCCAGAGGGCGAUUUGAGGCCAUGUAUAGACUACAGGGGCCUGAAUAAUAUAACAAUUAAAAAUAUAACUUGGUUCGUAUAAAAGAGAAUGAUGAAUGGAAGACAGUGUUCAAUACACGCAGGGGGCAUUACGAGUAUCUAGUCAUGCCUUUUGGACUGUGUAAUGCUCUUGCUGUGUUUCAGGACCUCAUAAAUGAUGUCCUUAGAGAUUUACUGCAUGUCUGUGCCGUGGUUUAUCUCGAUGAUAUACUUGUAUAUUCUCCUGAUUUAGAGUCACAUCAUGCCCAUGUGAGGAUUGUACUUAAGAGAUUGCUGCAGAAGGUCUUUAUUGUAAAUUCGAGAAAUGUUUAUUUGACCAAAAAUCAGUACAAAUCCUAGGGUACGUCAUUUCUGAACAGGGAUUCAGCAUGGAUCCUUCAAAAUUAGAAGCCAUAUUGAUUUGGCCUCUUCCCCAAGGCCGUAAGGCAAUACAGCGAUUUAUAGGCUUUGCCAAUUAUUAUCAUCGGAGGUUUAUUAAAAACUUUUCAUCAGUCAUUUCUCCUAUCACGAAACUGAAUAAAAAGGGAUUGCACCCCAGGGCUUGGACUCCUGAAGUCGUUAAAGCCUUCGAGACUCUCAAAAAGGCAUUUGCCACUGCCCCUGUGCUACACCAUCCUGAUCCUUCUCUUCCCUUUGUUAUGGAAGUAGACGCUUCAGAAUCAGGUGUAGGAUCUGUAUUAUCACAAAGACUAUCGUAUAACGAACCCCUCCAUCCCUGUUGUUACUUUUCUAAAAGGCUGUCUGAUUCGGAAAAGAAUUACGACGUUGGAACAGGGAACUAUUAGCUAUUGUGAUGGCUUUUAAAGAAUGGAGGUACUUAUUAGAAGGAGCUAGACACAAAAUCCUGGUCAUAACUGAUUAUAAGAAUCUCUCCUAUAUAGCAGAUGCUAAAAGGUUAUCCUCUCGUCAAGCCAGAUGGUCUUUAUUUCUUUCACGCUUUCAGUUCAUUAUCACAUAUAGGCCUGGGUACCGUAAUGUCAAGGCUGAUGCUAUCUCCAGACAAUACGAACCUUUGGAGUCAAUUGCCCCCGCUCCUGAACCCAUUGUACCUACAUCUAAGAUAAUAGCUACUACCCGUUUGGUUAUUUUGUCUCUUUUCCUUGAUGGUAUCAAGACAUACCAAUCCCAAGCACCCUCUGAGACACCUGUUGGUAGAUUAUACGUGAAAGAAAAAGAUAGAAAUAAAUUGUUCGCUUUAUUUCACAGCGCCAAAACGGCUGGUCACCCAGGGGUUACCAAAACAUACAAGGGUCUUCUUCAACAAUUUUGGUGGCCCUCACUUAAGCAGGACGUAGUGGAUUAUGUGCAGGCUUAUUGUGUUUGCGCACAGUGUAAGUCCCCUAAUGUUAAACCCCUGGGACUCCUAAUGCCUCUAUCCUGGCCCAAGAAACCAUGGACCCACUUAUCCAUGGACUUCAUUGUAGAUCUUCCUUCAUCUGGUGGACAGAUCUUCCUUCAUCUGGUGGGCAGACAGUAAUUUUGACUGUGACAGUAAUUUUGACUUCCCGCCCGUCGGUUCUCUAAAAUGGCACACUUUAUUCCACUUAAGAAACUACCUUCUGCGGUUCAGUUGGCUCAGGUAUUUGCCAAAGAGGUGUUCCGCUUGCAUGGUAUACCACAGGAUAUCGUAUCCAACAGGGGUCCUCAAUUUGUCUCUCGAUUUUGGAGGGGCUUUUGUGCUGAGAUGGGGAUCUCCUUGUCAUUUAUGUCCUCCUAUCAUCCUCCAUCUUCCCUUUCUCGGUUGCACGUGACGUAGGCGCGCUAUUGGUUACGCCGCAUUACGUGACCGCUGAAACCCGGAAGUUUGGUCUGCCUACAUCUCCCACCUUCCUCUAUGUUCAACUUCUUUGUUGCUACCAUGUCAUUGGUUGCUUGCGGUCACAUGACCGCUCGAACCACAAAACCCUUCGUUCUAUUACUACUUUCAUUUUUAAUGUCUAUAUAUCAUAUAUAUAUAUUACUCAAUAUGCAUUUUAGCCUAACAAUACACUUUUGAAGCUCAUCUAAUAUUAUAGUAACUUCUUAAACACAUACAUGUUAUUUAUUAUUUUAUGCAUAAAUCAUGACGUAAUUUUGGCGCCAAUUUUGAAUCUGAUAAUGAACUAAAAGGUUAUAUAAACCAUUGUAAACCAGGUCUCUGUUUCUUAUUGCCAGUUGAAAAAGCCCUGUGUGGCGAAACACGUUUUGGCUUUUUUAUUAUCUUAUUUUAUAUCAUAUCAAUAAAGGAUUAUUGGCUAGUACAUUACCUUUUUCUUUGCCAUAUACCUUUUAUUUUAAUUUUCAUAAUAAUAAGUUUUUUAUUUUAUUCCUGGACCUGGUUACUAUUUUAUGCAUCACUACCCUUUUGUUCAAGAAUCUUAGGUUGGGAUUAUACCACCUAUGCCAUACAAGUGAGCAGUAUAUCCUGCUCACUUAAAUGUGAGUAUUCUAUACAUAUUUUAUCUCACGUAAUUAUAACAUUUAUACAGUGAGCACUAUUCUGUGUUACCCUCUCUCGAGGAUCUCCGUUACGUGCAUACGCCUAUAUCCCAUCAGUGGGGGACUAAUACCACUGAAUGUGAAGUACACCUGAGCUAGUUCAAGCUCCACAAUAGGUGAGUGCGAUACCUCUUUACUUUGAAUCUUCAUAAAGAAGCUGAAGUUACAGUCUACACUAUUGGAUUUUUCCUCUGUUCUAUUUCGCAUAUUGCUAUCCGGAACAAGACACUACAUUCAUUCCUCUAUUCCCAUUUGGACUAUUUCUCUUUUACAAGUGGAUGUGACCAUUUCCUGCUUACUUUAGGACUGUUUUUCUUUUAUGUACUGAUAUAUGUAAGUACUUACCAUAUUGCAUAUAUACUGUUUAGUAGUUUUAUAUGAAUAUAUUUCAGUUUUAACUUAUGUUUGUAUUAUCUGUUUUAUCUUUUUAUAUACGAUUUUUUGGCGCAACCUAAAACCUUUUUUCCUUCAGAUUUUCCCCCUUCUCUGAUGUACUGUGAGGGAACGUCUUAACUUUAGGUUGCUGCCUAUAUUUAUAUUCUGCACUAUUCUAUUGAGACACUAAGCGCUGAAUCCACUACCAUUUACACACACACACACACAUACAUAUAUAUAUAUAUAUAUAUAUAUAUAUAUAUAUAUAUAUUUUAUAUAUAUAUAAAAUUGGACACAAUUCCUUGCACUCACGUAAUCCUUAUAAAUGCCGGGUGCAUAAUCCAACUGGCAGAUGUAGACAAAAUAAACAAAAGUGAAGGCUGCACUCCUCGGUCUUCUUAAAAAAUGCUUUAUUAAAUAUGCAUAAAAAGAAAAAGUUGAUCGACGUUUCAGCCCCAAUCCGAGCUUUCCUCAGGAUCAAAAAUAACAACUUAUAUAUCAUAUGUGUAAUAAGAAUACUAACCUCAGCUGAUGUGCUCGCCCGCCGGCGUCCCAUCGAUCGCUAUGCGCAAGGAUGACCAAUCAGAGUCCGCUCACUUGGAGCAUGUGACUCUAGUCUCCGCCCCCACAACCUGGGCGGCAGCAAGAGCAUAGCAAAUACCGCGCCCCUUGACAGUAAUGCCUCUGCCAACCUAUCGCUGCACAUCCUGAGCACAUGCGUAGGGCUGUGGAAGGAAUACUUAGUAAAAAUAAAUUAUUUAGUUGCGCCAAUACAAUAGAUGGGUGCCGGAUGGUCCGCACAUCUUCCGAGGUGCACUGUAGAGAAACAAUGUAAAUAAAAGAUUAAAAACAAACAGUUCUUUCAUAUCUGGUUACAAAAUAACUAACUAUACCGACUGUUGGUAUCUACUUGAUAUUAAAUUGUUAUUAUUAAUCAAUAUAGUGAUUAUACUUGCAAAAAAGUAUAAAAGCAUACAAUUUAUAGUGCUGUGAAGGCAUAAGCUAUAAAGUGAACUAGUGCAUUGACGGAAAUAUCUUUUAAAUUGUGCAAAUUCAUAUAUAGCAAAUAUAUUGUCAUGAUGUUAGUGAAAUUAAUCAACCUAUUAAUUGGCCAAUAGUACUACAACAAUAUAAGAAUAGUGUAGUAAGUUCUAAUUAAAUAUAUAUAAUAAAGUACAAAGAGAUAAAGUGCAAAUGUUGUGGAAAUAAAGUGACAGUGCAAAUAGUGCUAUCAUUUAUAAGUAAAUCAAUAUAAUGAAUAAUAUUGUUUGUGCACUAAUAUUAAAAAUGUAUAUAUAUGUGCAAAUUUCAUAAUUUAUGCCCUUCUAUUAUAUUGCAUCAAGUCGGCUAUGGUAUAGUUACAUUAAUAGAACUACUAACUAUAGAAUCUGGAAAAAAAUCCAGAAAAGUAGAAAUUAAAAAUACUAGGUUAGAGAAACAGAACAAUAUUUCAUCACUCGCUGGGGAAUAAUAUUACAAAACUGAAUUAAAUAAUACAUUUUCAUUAAGCCCUCCUGGGGCCACAGUUUUUAAUUCAUAGAUCGGUAGAAUACGGCCUCGAUCCCCACCACGUCUAGAUUGCGGUACGUGGUCAAUGGCUGUGAACUUCAGUGAAGAUAGAGGGUGCUGUGCAUUCAAAAAAUGUUUAGCUACUGGCUUAUCGGUUUCUCCAUCUCGAUGGGCUAACCUAAUGCUCGAAUGAUGUCCCCGUAUUCUGUCACACAACGGGGUCUCAGUCUUGCCAACGUAGUUGAGACCGCAGGGGCAUGUCAAUUUAUAAACCACAAAUGGUGUUUUGCAUGUAAUGGUGUGUCGAAUCUCAUACUUUUUAUUAGUGUGGGGGUGAUCAUCCCCGGUUAGACAUCUUCGCUGAUUUAUUGUAGCUUUUGACUGGAUCUGUCUGUACUAACCAAUCCUUUAGGUUCUUAUUUCUUUUAAAACAAAUAAGAGGAACUUCCUUAUAGACCUUAGGGAGCGUGUCAUCUGUUGCCACCAUCUGCCAAUUAUCUUUGACGGCUCUGGCAAUUGCAGGCGAAUGUUGAUGAUAAGUCAUGGGAAACACCAAUCUUUGUGGAGUAUUUAUUUUCGGAGUCUCACUGAGUGCUCGCUCCAGAGUGUUUCUAUUGUACCCACAAUUAAAAAUUUUUUGUUGCAUAUCCUUCAAUUGUCUUUCCAUCACGUCCAGAUUAGAGUUAUUCCUAAUAACACGUAGGAAUUGUGCCUUGGGCAGAGAGUUCUUAAGAGCAGCUGGAUGUGCGCUCUGAGCAUGUAGUAAUACAUUUCGAUCUGUAGGUUUAGAAUAUAAUGAAUACUCAAUUUGAUGUUCACCAACUGUUAAUUCAAGGUCAAGAAAGUGGAUUUUAUCACGGCCAAUAUUCGCUGUGAAACGUACCGGAGUUGGUAAAUCGUUAAGUUGUUUCACAUAGAUGCUGCUUCCGAUUGUGUACCAGACCAAAUUAUAAGCACGUCAUCGAUAUAGCGAUAGUACUGCACAAUAUGUCGUGCAUAUUGUGAUAAAAUGUGUUUUUCUUCAAAUACAUACAUGUAUGCAUUUGCAUACAUGGGGGCCAUCGCCGCCCCCAUUGAAGUGCCAGAAACUUGCAGGUACCACUUGUCUUGGAACCUAAAGUAAUUGUUUUGCAAGGACAUCAUUAAAAGUUCCAAUACAAAUUCUAUUGCAGGACCUUGAUAGCACUUGGUCUGUGUAAGUACUGUACGCAUGGCCUCAACACCAUCUUCAUGAGGAAUGAUUGUGUAUAAACUUGCCACAUCCAGAGUUAUCAUUAAGAGAUCCUGUCCUUGAGUGCAUAGCAUGUUCAAUUUAGCUAUCAAUGACUGUGUAUCUUUAAUGCAUGUAUGUAGUUCCUCAACUGGUCCUUUAAAGAUGGAAUCCAACCAUUUUGUGAUUGGCUCUAAAAUGCCUUCCACUGCAGACACAAUCGGGCGUCCUGGUGGUUGCUGUGCAUUUUUGUGUAUCUUCAGGAUACUAUAAAUAAUCGGCGUCCGUGGAUGGAGUUUAUGUAGAUAAUGGUAAAGUUGAAUAUCAAUGUGACCUGCUGUAAGUGCCAUAGAUAGAAUAUCAGCAAUUUUGGACUGAAUAUAUUCUGUAGGAUCUGCCUUUACAUCAAAUCUAGCUUUAUUUAAUACAUGUGUCCAAUCUUUGCAGACUUUAGGUUUAGCCCGCCCAAUAGUGGGGAUAUUUAGAAUUCUGAAUCCUCUUGGAAUCCUUUUAGCUUUAUAAUAAUCUGACAGGAAUAAUCCAUGCAGAUCAAGAUCGAUAUAUUUUUUAUGUAACCAAAGCAGUUUAAAAAAACAAAACAUCUUUGCAGGUCCAUUGUUGGGGUAACUGUAGACGGGAUUGUUCCCACAAAAUUUGUUGGGCUUCUUCAUCUGUAAAUUGUACGGUAUCGGCAUGUUCUGAAUACCCUCCAGCUUGUGAGAAAAAAUUAUCCAUUAAAAGCAAACUAGAUCCACAAGUGAAAUAUAGCUUAUAGUGCUUACACAGUCAUUGAUAGCUAAAUUGAACAUGCUAUGCACUCAAGGACAGGAUCUCUUAAUGAUAACUCUGGAUGUGGCAAGUUUAUACACCAUCAUUCCUCAUGAAGAUGGUGUUGAGGCCAUGCGUAUAGUACUUACACAGACCAAGUGCUAUCAAGGUCCUGCAAUAGAAUUUGUAUUGGAACUUUUAAUGAUGUCCUUGCAAAACAAUUACUUUAGGUUCCAAGACAAGUGGUACCUGCAAGUUGCUGGCACUUCAAUGGGGGUGGCGAUGGCCCCCAUGUAUGCAAAUGUAUAGAUGUAUGUAUUUGAAGAAAAACACGUUUUAUCACAAUAUGCACAACAUAUUGUGCAGUACUAUCGCUAUAUCGAUGACGUGCUUAUAAUUUGGUCUGGUACACAAUCGGAAGCAGCAUCUAUGGUGAAACAAUUUAACGAUUUACCAACUCCGGUACGUUUCACAGCGAAUAUUGGCCGUGAUAAAAUCCACUUUCUUGACCUUGAAUUAACAGUUGGUGAACAUCAAAUUGAGUAUUCGUUAUAUUCUAAACCUACAGAUCGAAAUGUAUUACUAUAUGCUCAGAGCGCACAUCCAGCUGCUCUUAAGAACUCUCUGCCCAAGGCACAAUUCCUACGUGUUAUUAGGAAUAACUCUAAUCUGGACGUGAUGGAAAGACAAUUGAAGGAUAUGCAACAAAAAUAAAUUAAUCGUGGGUACAAUAGAAACACUCUGGAGUGAGCACUUUAUUUGUUUUAAAAUAAAUAAUCUGGACGUGAUGGAAAGACAAUUGAAGGAUAUGCAACAAAAAAAAUUUAAUCGUGGGUACAAUAGAAACACUCUGGAGUGAGCACUCAGUGAGACUGCGAAAAUAAAUACUCCACAAAGACUUAUCAUCAACAUUCGCGUGCAAUUGCCAGAACCGUCAAAGAUAAUUGGCAGAUGGUGGCAACAGAUGACAUGCUCCCUAAGGUCUUUAAGGAAGUUCAUCUUAUUUGUUUUAAAAGAAAUAAGAACCUAAAGGAUUUGUUAGUACAGACAGAUCCAGUCAAAAGCUACAAUAAAUCAGCGAAGAUGUCUAACCGGGGAUGUAUACGGUGUUUAGGUUGUGUCACGUGUGGUCAUAUGGUUCCAGCUAAAGUUUUUCAUCACCCCCACACUAAUAAAAAGUAUGAGAUUCGACACACCAUUACAUGCAAAACACCAUUUGUGGUUUAUAAAUUGACAUGCCCCUGCGGUCUCAACUACGUUGGCAAGACUGAGACCCCGUUGUGUGACAGAAUAUGGGGACAUCGUUCGAGCAUUAGGUUAGCCUAUCGAGAUGGAGAAACCGAUAAGCCAGUAGCUAAACAUUUUUUGAAUGCACAGCACCCUCUAUCUUCACUGAAGUUCACAGCCAUUGACCACGUACCGCAAUCUAGACGUGGUGGGGAUUGAGGCCGUAUUCUACUCAAUAGAGAGGCCUGCUGGAUCUAUGAAUUAAAAACUGUGGCCCCAGGAGGGCUUAAUGAAAAUGUAUUAUUUAAUUCAUUUUUGUAAUAUUAUUCCCCAGCGAGUGAUGAAAUAUUGUUCUGUUUCUCUAACCUAGUAUUUUUUAAUUUCUACUUGAAUUUUCUGGAUUUUUUCCAGAUUCUAUAGUUAGUAGUUCUAUUAAUGUAACUAUACCGUAGCCGACUUGAUGCAAUAUAAUAGAAGGGCAUAGAUUAUGAAAUUUGCACAUAUAUAUAUACAUUUUUAAUAUUAGUGCACAAACAAUAUUAUUCAUUAUAUUGAUUUACUUAUAAAUGAUAGUUAGCACCAUUUGCACUGUUACUUUAUUUCCACAACAUUUGCACUUUAUCUCUUUGUACUUUAUUAUAUAUAUUUAAUUAGAACUUACUACACUAUUCUUAUAUUGUUGUAGUACUAUUGGCCAAUUAAUAGGUUGAUUAAUUUCACUAACAUCAUGACAAUAUAUUUGCUAUAUAUGAAUUUGCACAAUUUAAAAGAUAUUUCCGUCAAUGCACUAGUUCACUUUAUAGCUUAUGCCUUCACAGCACUAUAAAUUGUAUGCUUUUAUACUUUUUUGCAAGUAUAAUCACUAUAUUGAUUAAUAAUAACAAUUUAAUAUCAAGUAGAUACCAACAGCCGGAAUAGUUAGUUAUUUUGUAACCAGAUAUGAAAGAACUGUUUGUUUUUAAUCUUUUAUUUACAUUGUUUCUCUACAGUGCACCUCGGAAGAUGUGCGGACCAUCCGGCACCCAUCUAUUGUAUUGGCGCAACUAAAUCAUUUAUUUUUACUAAGUAUUCCUUCCACAGCCCUACGCAUGCGCUCAGGAUGUGCAGCGAUAGGUUGGCAGAGGCAUUACUGUCAAGGGGCUCGGUAUUUGCUAUGCUCUUGCUGCCGCCCGGGUUGUGGGGGCAGAGACUAGAGUCACAUGCUCCAAGUGAGCGGACUCUGAUUGGUCAUCCUCGCGCAUGCGCAUAGCGAUCGAUGGGACGCCGGCGGGCGAGCACAUCAGCUGAGGUUAGUAUUCUUAUUACACAUAUGAUAUAUAAGCUGUAUUAAUCGUUAUGUAUACUUUGUUGUUAUUUUUGAUCCUGAGGAAAGCCCGGAUUGGGGCUGAAAUGUCGAUCAACUUUUUCUUUUUAUGCAUAUUUAAUAAAGCAUUUUUAAAGAAGACCGAGGAAUGCAGCCCUCACUUUUGUUUAUUUUAUAUAUAUAUAUGUAUAUAUAUAUAUAUAUACAUAUAUAUAUUUAAACACCCACACACAUACUUAUACUUAUAUAUAUAUAUAUGUAUAUAUAUAUAUAUAUAUAUAUAUAUAUAUAAUAAUUCUACGUAUAUGUGUAAUAAUUUUACAUAAUUAGGUCAUUUUAUUAAUUGCAAUUUGUGCGACCUGCCUGCCGAAAGUCCAGGGAAUUUAAUUUGCUAGCACUAUAUUUAGCACUGUAACUUUCCAAGACCCCAUAAAACCUGUACAUGGAGUGUACUGUUUUACUUGGAAGACUUCGCUGAACACAAAUAUUAGUGUUUCAAAACAGUAAAAUGUAUUACAACGAUGAUAUCGUCAAAGAAAGUGACAUUUCUUUGCAUAUUUCACACACAAAUGGCACUUACUCCGAUUAUAUAAUUGUUGUGAUACUUUUUACUGUUUUGAAACACUAAUAUUUGUGUUCAGCAAAGUCUCCCGAGUAUAACAGUACCCCCCUCCUCCCCCCCAUGUACAGGCUUUAUGAUGUUUUCAAAAGUUACAGAGUCAAAUAUAAGGCUUGAGUUUUUUUAACAUUGAAAUUCGACAGAUUGAUUACGUUGCCUUUGAGACUAUAUGUUAGCCCAGAAAAUGGUAUGCCAUCAUGGGGGUAAUUCUCAUUCCUGGGCUACCAUACGGUCUCAAAGGCAAUGUAACCAAUCUGGCGAAUUUCAAUGUGAAAAAACUAAAAAAUUUAACAUGCUAUAUUUGACCCUGUAACUUCCCAAAACACCAUAAAACCUGUACUGUUUGACACAUGAGACAUCGCUGAAUACAAAUAUGUGUAUUUUAUUGCAGUAAACGCAAACAGUAUUAUGACAUUCGCAAAUGUCAUGUAGAACAAAAACAAUUUUAACAUUUCCUAUUUUCUCCCAUUUUUUUAUAUUUUAUUUAUAUUAAAUUAUGUUUCAUAGCUAAAUAUUUAAAGUUAAAUGAAAGCCAUGUUUCUCCUGAAUAAAAUGAUAUAUAAUAAGUGUUAGUGUAUUUAAUAUGAAAGAGGUGAAUUAAGGUUGAACAUACAGUCAAAUUCCAGGUUUUGUUUACGUUUUGUUUUGAUCACAACGUGUACAUUUGGCUCAGUCCUUAAGGGGUUAAAUACAUUACCCCUGAGGAUUAAAAUCAAUACAAGUUAACCCAUGAGGGUAAAAACUAAAAUCAAUUCACAGGAAAACACUGUGAUUAGUAUUCUGAUUACGGGAAGCACUGAUCAAAAGGCAGGGAAAGGGUUAAGUUUUAGUUGGAUAGUUUUUAUUUUUAUUUUAAACUAACUUUUAAUUAAGAACCACGACAUAAUGCACUGUCUUCCACCAUCUGCCAAUGUAUUGGUUCAGUACCCAGGCAGUUCAUUUUUGGUACGAAGUUUGUUAAAGGGACACUCCAGGCACCCAGACCAAUUCUGCCCAUUGGAGUGGUCUAGAUGCCAACUCCCACUACCCUUAACCCUGCAAGUGUAAUUAUUGCAGUUUUCUACUAGACAGCCACUAGAGGGCACUUCCGUGUCUCUAGCACAGAUUUUCUACGUGAAGACCUCCAGCGUCGCUCAAUUGCCCAUAGGAAAGCAUUGAAAAUCCUUUCUAAUGCGCAUGCGCGGUAUUGCUGUGCAUGCGCAUUAGGUCUACCCAGCCGGCGGACGGGAUCAGUCUCGCUGGCUGAUGUACUGCAGAGGAGGAGCAGCAGCAGAGGAAGAAGCAGCGACGUGUUUUCACCCCUUCAGCAACCGGGGACUGGGAGGUGGGAGGGGAUCUGCAGUGCCAGUAAAAUGGAUUGUUUCCAUGGCACUGAAGUUUCCUUUUAAUUUAAGAACAUUUUAUAAUAAUAUUUUGAAUGAUUUUAUUUACUUAUUAUUCACAAAAUAUAUAUAUUGAUAAUGCAAUGUUUAUUUCUUGUAUGCAGCUAUUUGAUGUUGAUGAAGAUGGCAGUAUUACUGUGGAUGAAUUUUCAUCUUUGCUGCAGUCUUCAUUGGGAAUUCCAGAUCUUGAUGUCUCCAAACUAUUUAAAGAUAUUGAUAUCGAUAAAUCAGGAAAAAUCUCCUAUGGUAAGAAAACACUAUUAGUGCCUACAUGGUCAGUUAUAUUAUUAUUAUUAUUAUUAUUAUUAUCACCAUUUGUUAUAGCAUCAACAGAUUCCAUACCACUUUACAAUAAUAUGAGGGGUAUUUAACUAUAAAUAGGACAAUUACAAGAAAACUAACAGGAACAGUAGGUUGAUGAGGACCCUGCUCAAAUGAGUCUAUAGGAUGAGGGGUAUAAAACACAUUAGGACAUAAAUAUCAAUCAGAUAAGAUGGGGGUGAAGCAGAGCUAGAGGAAAGAGUAGAGUGCUGCUGUAAGAUUACCUGGCACCCCGACUGGGUACCUACGUUGAAGGAUGCUCCUAGCGAUUCCUGAGGGCUCCAAGCACUUAGAAGUGAUUAUCCAAGGGAGCAGGCAGAGCAUAGCAAUCCCUUGUAGUGAUAUAGCAAUUCCCUCAAAAAGAGACAGGACUCUAGAUUGAGGGUGAAGAAGAACUGUAUUACUUGGCACCAAAGGGCCUUCUUUUAUGCAGGUUUUCCACACUUAGUACCACCCACAGGGUUUUUCAGAACAACCAAUAAACACAUUACAACACAUACAAUGCAAGUACAGUAGCCAAUCAGACACAAUGGGACAAUAGAAACACACCCAUCAUAUUCCCCCCUUCUGCUUAGGAGACAAUUGAGUCAAUUACUGUAUCUACUCAAUUAUCUCCAAGCUGAAAAGUUACACUUUUUAUACAUUUUUAUAACUUUGUGAGUUUACAUUGUACGUACAUAAAAUAUUAUAUUAUUUUAACCAGUAUAACUUGAUGACAAACAUAUCCAAAAUUCACUUGAAUAGGUUCAGGGGUUUAAAAGUUAGGUUGAAGUCCUUUGUUAUCACUUGCAAGCAUGGCUUUUCCUGCCCAAACCAGUUCCCACUGGUCUGGCAGUGUCCCUGGGACAACACCCUGCUGGAGAACAAUGGAGCUGGGGGAGGGGAAGAGACACACCUUCCCAGGGAUUCAAAGGGGAAGAAAAAGCAUCCAAAAAGUUUCAGUAUGGGCCAGCACGUACAAUAAAAGUCCAUGAGCACAAAUGCUGAUUUAAACGGGUACAAUCUCCCAGGGGCCAUAGUCGCAGGGCAGGAGGCUGGCAAGCAGGCCUCUCCAGGACCAAGUGGCGAAGUGCACUUCGUCACAGCUGCCCUUAAGGAGAGAGCAAGUGACAGGUAUGUAAGGUAGACGUUACUCUGGGAGGCCAUAAGCUUUCCUAAAGACAUAGAUUUUAAGGCACUUCUUAAAUGAUUGAAGACUAGAGGAGAGUCUGAUUGGGGUAGGCAGGCUAUUCCAUAGGAAGGGAACAGCCCGUGAGAAGUCCUGCAAGCAUGAGUUGGCUGUACGGGUGUGAGCAGUGGACAGGAGAAGGUCAAGGGCAGACAGGAGGGACUGAGAAGGGGCAUACUUAUGGAUCUAUGUGUGGUUGAGAAAGAGAACGGCAAGGUGGGGAGAAUUCUUUCCUUAGCUGUUCAAUCUUGUCGGUAAAGUAGCAUGCAAAGCUAUCGGCUGUAAGGUUAGUUUGGGGGGUGGUCACAGCAGGGUGAAGAAAUGCUAACGGUGUCAAAGAGAUGCCUGGGAUUGCGGUAGCAUGAACUAAGAGAGGAAAAGUAUGACUGUUUGGCGAAUCUAUAAUGGAGAAAGUCUGACUGAGUGCGAGACUUCCUCCAGGAGUGUUCAGCACAACUGGAGCAUCUUUGCAGGUAGCGUGUUGAUUAGUAUGCCAUGGUUAGGUGCGUACCCUCCUCAAGGUGCAUGUUUGGAGCAGGGCUGCAGCGUUCAAGGUAGAGGUGAGGGUAGUGUUAUAUGUGGGAGAUGGCCAGUGAGGGAUAGGAGAGGGAAGGGAUGGAUAGCAGUUGUGAAUCAAUAACAGCUGACAUCUGCUGGAGGUCAAUAGAAUUAAGGUUUCUCCUCAGUUGAGGGGGCUUGGGCUGAGGUUGUUGGAUGAGGAGAGCCCACGAUAUGAGGUGGUGAUCAGAGAGAGGAAAUGGAGUGUUGCAGAUAUUAGAUACUGUACAUGCAUUAGAGAAAAUGAGGUAGAGGGUAUUGCCAGCUACAUGGUUGGGAGAAUUAGCCCACUGCGAUAGCCCGAGGGAGGAAGUAUUGAAAGUAGUUUAGAGGCUGCUGAGGUCAAAGGUGGGUUAAUGGGAAUAUUGAAGUCCCCAAGAAUUAGGGAUGGAAUAUUAGAAGAGAAGAAGUAGUGUAACCAGGCAGCAAAGUGGUCAAGGAAUAGGAGGGGGGAACCAGGGGGACGAUAAAUAACAUGAAUGUUAGCAGAGAAGGGUUUGAAAAGGCGAAUUAACCCUUCACUCUACUCAGGUCACUCCUUCCGGAUAGGGGCGGCCUCCAUAGCCUCCAGCGCAAACAUACCGGUACAUAUCAUUAAGUCAUUAGGGCUGUGGAAGUCAUCCACCUACACAACCUACAUACCAAAACCUACACAAGAAUUAAGAAAUGCUUUUAAAGAAAUGUCUGGAUAAUUGUAUAUAAUUGUUGACUGUAUUAAAUCUUUGGUUAUUCAAUUUUUGCCCUCUUUAUUUACAGGCCUACCUUAUCGUCGGUAUCGGCACACCACAACCGACUUUGCUCUUUUAUUCUAUCCUACGUUCUCACUUGAACCUCACUCCAUAUACGGCUAAUUUCCCCUUACACAAGUAUUAAGGCUGUUUGGCCUGUAUUUGUGGGAGGGGCUUAAAUUAAUUUACUCCCCUAUAUAAAGUACAACCCUUACCUGACUCCACACCGUUUAAGGUCAGCGUCUGAAUGAACUCCUCUUUUACAACACUUUCUUUCCAAUUCUAUCUUAAUUUUAUUUCUUCUUGGUGGGCCCUCUUUAUUUACAUGCCUACCGUAUCGUCGGUAUCGGCACACCACAACCGACUUUGCUCUUUUAUUCUAUCCUACGUUCUCACUUGAACCUCACUCCAUAUAUGGCUAAUUGCCCCUUACACAAAUAUAUAUAUAUAUAUGUAUUAAUCCAUUCUCUAUUUGAAUACUUUCAAGCCCUGGCUGGCACCCGGCACUUUGAAUGUUUUGGCCUGUGUGCAAGGACUGUACUCGUUUCUUUGUAUUAGGGCGUAAGGGCUUCCACUUCCUCCUAUGCACCGGCACCUUGCUUGGAAAAGCAUUUAUUUAUGAAAUUGGAUAUAUUGUGAAACAUAGCAUCCCCAGACAGGAUGGAUGAAUUCCUAUUGCAAGCAGGAGCUUAUGAUAAAUGUGCAAAGACACUCCAAUUUUUACAAGAGGAGGUACAGAGAAUAUUGUGGGAAGAAGCAAGUUUAACACUACCACAUAAUCUUACCUCCAAAGAUAUAUACUUUAAACGACUACGACUCAUAAAAAACAAGUUGACCCAGAUCUACACGGACUUUUCUUGUCUGACUAUUAUAAGGCAAAGAAAAUCUCAAGGGGCUUCAAAAUACUUAAUGUCCACACCAAUGGCCGGUCUUAAGCUACAGUAUGUAAAAACUGGACUGGAGUACCUAACAAAGCAUCACUGGACCUUAUGCUCAUUAUAAUCAAAGAUGUCAAAACCGACCUAAUAGAGAUAAGCCACAAAAUCAUUGACACAGAAACGGAGCAUGCAAUACUCCAAACAACACUUGAAGGCUUAAAACUUCAACAGAAACUGAAGAAGUGUUAAGAUAUAAAAACGAGCUGAUAAGAUUUAAAAAGCAAAAAUAUGAGAGCGUCUCUCAAGACUGCACUGAGCAUAGAGUGUAUGUAACGGCACCCCCAGGCAUAAAAGGGUUAAACCGCCGUUUAGUAGAUCUUCCCCUUCCAGAGACACAGGCAAAGCUACUGCAGAACACCAAUCCGCCGAACAGGAAACCAUAUGAAUGCUGUAAACAGCCGAAUAGGAAAAACCAUACGAAUAGGUUUACACUCCUAGCAGUCAAACUGGAACAGCAUACAAUAAAUCCCCCCAAGAACGAGACAAAGCUCCGUGUUGAGGGUCAAGCAGUGAACAGACAGAGCUGUGGGUUUAUUGUGCUUAUGUACACAUUCUUACACAUUAGUACCACCUACAGGGUUUUGGAACACAACCAAUAAACACUUACAAUACACUCACACACUCCCACACAAAAUCCUCCCCUCUGCCUGUGAUACAAUUACCUUACACAAUGGGUAAUGUAAUUAUAACAAGCAGAGAAAUAAAAUUUUUCCACAUUAUUCAUAACUUGAAAAGUAUGCAUAACAUUCACAUAAACUUACAUUUUCAGAAUCAGCAUACUCCAAAUACAAACAUAUGUCAAAAUCAUCCAAAUUGGUCCAGUGGUUCAAAAGAUAGAUCGAAGUCCUUUGUGACCAAAGGAAGCAUGGCUUUUCUGACCAAAACCAGUUCCACAGAGCCUUCUAUCCUGGAGAUAAUUGGGUAGUAAUCCAAUUAUCUCCAAAGACAGAGGCAAAAUUCCAUUGAACACAUGGCAGCAAAAGACAAUAAAACACAUAAAAACAUAUAACUGUGCAGCCAUUACACAAAACAGGUACAUUCAACAUAUCCCCAGACAGCUCAGAUCUGAGCUCACUUUAUUACUGAAUGGCGCUCAGAGCACACACAUACAGUUCAAUUGCCAUGGAGCCAAAGUCUUUCCCAUAGUCUUUCAUUAUACGAAUGGGCUCCAUGGCAUAGCUAUCUGGGGUAUCACCGCUCAAACAGGGCAAGCACCAAAUGACCCGGCUUUCAUGUCUUUGCAGGGGAAAAUCAAGCCUUUUAACAUGGGGCCAUAAUCCAAAGGUAACAGACGAGCAACCAGGCUUCUCCAAUGCAAUGUGGCGAGAUUGGUCUCGUCACAGUGUACAAAUGGCUAUUGGGGGAUAAUAAGCAGAGGCACAGACGCCCACGUAAGAGAAUAAUUCGGCCCAGAGUCACCACCAUUGAUAUAACAUCUGGACAGUCAGCUUCAGACAAUGACACACAGAGAAAACCAGAAGUUUUUUUUAGAAACACCAGAAGGAGGUGCGAUAACCCGGAGCGGAUUCAGAGGCGCUGAAGGCGGAGAACGAAAAGAGGACACAAGGGGAAAUCAACAGAUUCGGGGCAACCACCACUACGCAAGUAAUACCUAUAUUCAACUUGUCUCACAUGUCUUUAACUCCUUAAGGACCAAACUUCUGGAGUAAAAGGGAAUGUGUCCUUAAGGGGUUAAACAAAGGAGAAACAGACCUGUUGAGUAAGGGAUUAUCGUUCAUACCGACGACAAGACCGAACCAGUUCAAAUGGGACAUUGAGCUGUUUAAGUUCGGAAGAAGUAUGAGACUCAAAGAAUAUUUUAAUAAUCCCUCAGCGAUUAAAAGAAAAAAUAACUGACAUAUCAAGAGAGAAAUUUGCUCCAAAGUCCACUUUUUUUUUUUUUUUUUUAUUCUUUAUUUUUGUUGUGCAUGUUAUUACAUAGCAUCGACAUAUGCCACAACAGCAUGUUCAUAGGUGUAUUCAAGUUAUACAGUGGCAUGAUGAGUUGCACAUUUUUGUAGAGUUAUAACAAUAACAAGCUUGGCUGCGUAAUUAAGUCGUUAGAACAAGGUAAAAUAAUCAACGCUUAACAGUGCUAGGUUAGGUAUGUUAGCUAUGCUGCCGUAAUAGUAAUAUGGUAUUAUGAUUUAUACUAUAAAGGUAAUAGGCAUGUGUUUGACAUGUGUGCUGCUUGCGCUGCUCUUGUGUAGUCUGUUGUGUCGCGAGAAGCAAAUAACAGUGCAGUAUUGUGCCUACAAUGUGAGGUUACUUCGUUACACAAGCUAAAUGUAAAUACAGACUUUAUUGUAAGUAACUAAACAUAAAAUUAUGCCUUGCCGUUAAUUAGCUGGGCAAAUAACCUUCAAGAGCAUUGUGCAGUGUGUCCUGCGUUAUCAUGGGGGUAUCGUCCACAUGUGGCCUGUGUUAUAUUUCUGCGUCUGGGUAUUACGCUGUUUUGUGAAUUCAGAUCAGUCCAGGCUAAGAUUACCCCCUGUGAGGAAGCGUUGUCGGCUUUUCAGCCUAUACCCAGUGAUGGUAAGUCCUGUGCUUUGUGUCUGCUGGACUCGUCUUUGUUGCCACAGGACCCGGUGUCUCCGCCUCAGGGUUCUGCUCCGGUAGUGUCCCCCAUGUGGUGCAGUCGCGUGGUGGCUUGUGGUGUUGCCUUGUGUAGGGAGGUGCGUGUCGUGUUGCGCUUAUCGCUGGGGUUUCGGUCAGGUUGGGUAUGUGUGGGCGUCGCUUGGUUCAUAGCCCCAGUGUUUCUUGUGUGCUGUUGGGUUCGUGUACAUGGGGGGUUUGGUGCCACAUCCCUCCUCGAGGCCCGGCGGUAUCUGUUAUGCCGGACGGCCAUCUUGGAGGCUCGGGGUAUCUGCAUAUAGUAGCUGCGCCUCGCUGCAGGACGUAUCCAUGAGGCCACCGUUAAUUCAGCUUGGCGGUGAGUUACUCCCCGGCUGUGUAGAGCCUCCCUGAGGCCUGCGCAGAGCCAAUCAAAGGUUUCCAGUGAGGACCUGUGUGUGUUGAGGCUGGUGCUCCGCAUUUCAGGCAUAGGCUGGGUGGCCAUUUUGGACAGGCUGUGUGGGUUUGUUGCCCCGCUUUGCUUCACCUUCGUCUUGCUCGCUUUAGGGAUGUGAAUGGGUGUUGCAGGCUGCUGCUGCGUGUAAUGAUUUUUGCAGUCGCUUGUGUCCGCCAUUUUGGAGGCCCUCACCUCUGGUCUGUUGGUUUCGGCUGUCUGCUCCAACUGCAGGUGUGCAGCAGAGCCAGCUCCAUGUGUCGGGAACCGGGAUACCCCCCCUGGUCCAUGGGGGGGGUGCUUGGUGCAUGCCUGUGGCCCGGAGUGGUGAACGGGAAGCCGCCGCCUUCCCAGCCUGUCCAUCCCCGUAGGCCCUACUCCGCCGUCUCGGUUCCCAGGCAUUCUGUGUGGCAAGUCAGGUGUCUCCCAAAGUCCACUUUUGACCCCCAAUCAAACAAACCAUCCAUCAAGACCUUUCAAUCUACAACGCAAAGUGAAGCCAGAAAAAUCAUGUCACAAUGUACAAAGGGACAGCAAAACAUAUCCAAAUCUCAAAGAGAAUUAUUGGAAGACACAUCCAUAAUGAUACGUUUGGCAGAUAAAGGAAGAGGAAUAGUCAUCUUGGACUAUACAUCUAUACAUAUUACAGUGAAUUAAAACAACAAUUAGCCGACAGCCAUACAUAUUGCCAGUUACAACCAGAUCCAACUACAGAAAUACAGAACAAGAUCGAUGAAGUUCUCACAAUGGGAUUAAACAUGGGAUAUCAAUACCUUACCAAAAGCCACCCAUGUACCCCGGUCUAUACCCAAAGUACACAAGGAACCAGUGAAUCCCCCAGGACGACCCAAAGUGUCAGCUAUUGACGGUGUUCUGGAACCAAUAGCCAAGUGGCUAGUUUACCUGUUCCAAGCUCCAGUGGAGGAUCUACAUACAUGCAUGAAAGAUACACAAUUACAAACAGCAAAACUAUUAUCAGGGAUAAUACACCGAUCCUGAUCACCAUGGACAUGGGCGUCCACAGGAAUUUUUCCGGGGGGGGGCGUAAUUGUAAUGACAUCCAUGCUUGGUACCUUUUUGACAGUGUCAUGAAAGGGAAGGGGCAUAGCCAUUAUCACAUAAAGCCAGGGUGAAUAGCGUUUCCACAACUAUGGUGUCAGGAAUAUAUAUUUGUAUUCCUGACACUAUGGUGUUCCUUUAAGCAAAUUAAAGGACCAUUCUGGUCACCAUAACAACUUCACCUAAAUGAAAAUGCUAUGAUGCCAGGAUGCCCCUGGGUGCUCGCUUUCCUUUAAGGGGUUAAAUCACUCUCAAAUGGUUUAACCCCAAAGGCUUCCUCCAGCUCCAGGUCGCUCAGUGGUAUUUGCAGAUUGACGUCAGGCAUAGGUGCCGCUGAUUGGCUAGAGUGGACAGUUGACGCUCUAAGCCAAUCGCUAGUUCCCGGUUCAUAAAAUAUUUUAACUUUUUUAUGAAUGGGAAGCUACUGAUUGGCUUAGAGUGCCAGCUGACCACUCUAGCCAAUCAGCAACACACCUACCCAGCGGCACUCUGUGCUUCCUGACACUCAGUAAAUAAAAGUGAACACAUUAACACUGAUAUUUUUUUACCUUUGGAGAUGAGAACGUCCAGUGUUUCCCUGCCUGGCCCAGGUACCAAAGCCUUAUGAUGUGGUGUCCAGAAUAAAGUGGAGGGUUCACUUCAUUUGUCCUUCCUGCUCCAAUCUCCUUUUCCUCUCCUUCAUUUGACAGUCUUUUUUUUUUCUUCUGACACUGUUUUCUAUCCUUGGCCCCUUCUGCUCUUUUACCUUUCUGCUACUUUCUGCUUAUUUUGCGCCUUUCUGCUCCUUUCUCAUUCUGAUCCCUUUCUGCUCCUUGCAGACCCUUUCUGCUCCCUUUUCUACUUUACCUUUGUGCUCCUUGCGGUCCCUUUCUGCUCUUUCUCAUACUUUACCUUUGUGCUCCUUCUGAUUCUUUCUGCUACUUUACGUUUGUGCUCCUUCUGCCCAUUCCAGCUCAUCUCUGACCCUUUCUGCUCCUUCUACUUUAUCUUUGUGCUGCUUUACCUUCCAGCUCCUUGCUGACCCUUCCUGUUCAUUUCUGUUCCUUCUCCUUUUCUUCCUUUACCUUCCUGCUCCUUGCUGACUCUUCAUGUAGGCUGUUUCCCCCAUCCCUCACUUCCAUAGGCGUGCGCACGGGGUGUGCCGCGGUACGCCAAUGGAUUGAGCGGCGGCUCUGGUCUAAGCCUCCAUGGGCCGGUGGGGAGAUCAAAGUUCUACCUCACCGGUCCACAGCAGCAUGGAGGGAGGCAGCAGAGAACCCGGGCUAGAGUAAACUGAACCACCAGGGAAGGCAGCAGGACUGGGAUAUUAACUAAUCUGCCCCCACCUCCACCAAACAUACAGCACCUACACACAUACAGCACACACAGCCCACAAACAGCACCUACACACAUACAUCACCCUCGCACACACAGCACCCACACACAUACAACACCCACACACACCCAGCACACUAACAGCAUCCUCACAAACACACAAAACCCACACACAACACCCGCACAGCACCCACAAACAAACAGCACACACACACAAACAGCACCCUGACAAACACACAACACCCACACACAGCACACAAACAGCACACUAACAGGACCCAAACAAACACGCACACACAAACACCCUCUCACACAUGCACACACACAGCACACUACCAGUUCCCUCACACACAGCACACAAACAGCACCCUCACACACAGCACACUAACAGCACUCUCACAAACACACACAAAAACACCAUCACCCACAUAGCACACUACCAGCACCCUCACACACACACAGCAGUGUGUGUAUAUAUAUAUAUAUAUAUAUAUAUAUAUAUAUAUGUGUGUGUGUGUGUGUGUGUGUGUGUAUAUAUAUAUAUAUAUAUAAUAUAUAUAUGUAUAUAUAUAUAUACACACACAGACAUACAUACAUAUACACAUGGCGUGUGUUUGUGCUUUAGGGUGCACACCCUAAUGCAAUAGGCUGCGCACGCCUUUGCUCACUUCCCUAAUCUAUAGGCUGCCCCCCCAGUUUCACUCCCCUAAUCUAUAGGCUGCCCCCCCAGUCUCACUCCCCUAAUCUAUAGGCUGCUGCCCCCCCAUCCUCACUCCCCUAAUCUAUAGGCUGCUGCCCCCCCCAGCCUCACUCCUAAUCCUAGGCUGCUGCUUUAGAUUAGAGUGAGGCUGCUGCCAACCUCCUACCCCUAAUCUAUAGGCUGCUGCCCAAAAAUUCCUUAGGCUGCACAAAAAAUCUAUAGGCUGCUGCCCAAAAAAAUCCCACCUGCAAAAAAUCUAGCUGCUGCCCCAAGUAGGCUGCUUUACAAAUUAUGGCUGCUAGGCUGCUGCCCCUCAGGCUGCACCCACCCAAUAGGGCUGCCCCAAUCCAUAGGCUGCUGCCCCUCCCCCAAUAUAGGCUGCUGCCCCAAUCCUAUAGGCUGCCCCCUCCCCCCCAAUCUAUAGGCUAUCUCAAAUCCUCCCCCCACUUACCUGAUCUGUAGGCUGUCUCUGGCUGCAUGUGUUGUUCCCCUGCGGUUUCAAUCAGCAGAGAGAAGCAGGGAUAAGAUGCAGCUUCCUAUCCCUGUCUCUCUCCAUACACAGCGCCACAUACUGGCCGACGCCGGUAUUGCAGUUCAUUUUCAAUAACACAAAAAAUAGCAGAACAAGCUGAAAAAUCCAGGGGGGGGCAAGUGCCCCCCCCUUACCCCCCCUGCGGACGCCCAUGCUGGGGACUCUUAUGUUGAAUGGGCAUGUAAAGUGCACCGCACAGCUGCCCACUGGAUGGCGGGGUGCCAAGCUGUAUCCGGGGAAGCUGUAUCCGGGCAAAUGAUCCUGUUGGAGCACUUCUUUGAAAAAUUAUCCCCAGGCAUCAGAGAGUGGGUAAGAGACCGUAAACCCUCCACUCUGCAUGAAGCAGCUCACCUGGCGGACGAGUACACGGAUGCCCGUAAACUGGACAGUGCUAAGACUCCUGCCAGAGUGGAGUGGAGUACCGACCAGCCCCUUCCGUAUACCAACCGGCCGUCAGCACCCGCUCCAUCUAACCAUUAUCAGCAGUCGCCCCGCUUCAACUCACGAGACUACUCCCAACCUAUUAGAUGUUUUGGGUGCAAGCACCUAGGGCACAAGCGACCGGAGUGCCCGCUGAACAGUGCUAACCAGGCCCAGUCUUGGAGGAGACCAGCCAGCGGAAAUCAAUGACCCCCUCCCCCAGCUGCCCACUGCGCAGAGGAAGAGGAAUGCUGGGGCAUCCUGCAUGAGGCAGACCCUGUCCAAGCUGCUCACCGGGAUAACCGACAGCCCCACUGGCAAUUUGUCAAAGUCAACGGCAAGGAGGUCAGUGGUCUGAGGGAUACCAGUGCAACCAUGACAUUACUUCAGAAGCACUUGGUGUCCGAGACACAACAUACUGGAGACACGGUAGCAGUGCGAGUAGCCGGAAGCUUCUGCCAUGUGACUAUGGCCCCUGGGAUGUAUUGCCCUUUAAAGACAUGAUUUGGGCAUAAUGGAUUUGUGUUGUGCUGCUGCUAGACCUUUUAAGAACCAUCUGGGGACAUACUGUGGAGUUACUGGGUGGCCACCCCCCAAAUCUAUGGGCUGCUGCCCCCCCCAAAUCUAUAGGCUGCUGCCCCUCCCAAAUCUAUAGGCUGCUGCCCCCCCCAAAUCUAUAGGCUGCUGACUCCUUCCCCCCAAUCUAUAGGCUGCUGCCCCCCCAAUCUAUAGGCUGCUGCCCCCCCCAAUCUAUAGGCUGCUGCCCCCGGCUGCCCCCACCCAUAGGCUGCUGCCCCUCCCCAAUCUACAGGCUUGCUGCCCCACCUAUAGGCUGCUGCCCCUCCCCAAUCUAUAGGCUGCUGCCCCUCCCAAAUCUAUAGGCUGCUGCAUCCCCCCCCCAAAAAAUCUAUAGGCUAUCUCAAACCCUCCCCCAACUUACCUGAUCUGUAGGCUGUCUCUGGCUGCAUGUGUUGUUCCCCUGCGGUUUCAAUCAGCAGAGAGAAGCAGGGAUAAGAUGCAGCUUCCUAUCCCUGUCUCUCUCCAUACACACCUACUGGCCGGCGCCGGUAUUGCAGUUCAUUUUAAAUCUCACACGAAAAAUAUCAGAACAAGCUGAAAAAUCCAGGGGGGGGGCAAGUGCCCCCCCCUGCAGACGCCCAUGACCAUGGAUGUUGCAAGUCAUUCCUCAUGAUGAAGGGGUAGAAGCAAUGCGAUAUGUGUUAACACAUUCUACAAAGUAUCAAAGUUCCCCCAUUGAUUUUUCCUAGAACUCCUCACAUUGACCAUUCACAAAUAUUACUUUAGAUUUGAAAAUCAGUGGCAUCUUCAAGCAGCAGGUACCUUGAUGGGUUCCGCAAUGGCACCAAUGUAUGCAAAUUUAUUCUGUGGGAGUACUGCCAUAACAUCCAGGGAUACUUUCACUACAUUGAUGAUCUGCUGGUCCUAUGGAAGGGUACUCAAGAAGAAGCUGAGUAUAUGGUAUCAAGUUUGAACCAGUUGGUAGCCAAUCAGAUUGACCAAUUAGAUUGACCAAUCAGACUGACAGCUAAUAUCCAAACGAAGCAAGUCCAUUAUCUAGCCCGCCAGAUUACCCUUUGGAAAUUCUAAAAUUGAAUCUAGUCUGUUUUCUAAACCUAUGGAUCACAGCACCAAGGUACCCAUCCUAGGGCUUUGAAGGAUUCCCUCCCAAAGGCGCAGUACAUGCGUGACAUCAGGAACCACUACAAUGAUGAAACCAUGGAAGUCCAGUUGCAAGAAAUGACUACAAAAUUCUUGGAGAGAGGCUACAAGCAAGAUGUUCUACAAGAAAGCACUUAAGGAAGCACAGAGUGUCCGCUUUUGUAAGAAAGAUGCAAGCCCAUCAAGAUUAGUGUUUCCAAUGGAAUUCCAACAUACAACCCCACAAAUCGCCACUAUAAUUUGGCAAAACUGGCAGAUUUGAAGUGAUGACAUGCUUCCAAAAGUCUUCAAAGAGACUCCAUUACUUUGUUAUAAAAGAAACAAGAAUCUUAAAAACUUACUUACUUGUUCAUACAGAUCCCAUCAAUAGCUAUACACUCCUGUGUCCACACCAUUAGAAAGGCAUUCAAAAUCGUGGUUCAGAAUGUUGCUUAGGCUGUGUAACAUGUGGCCACAUGUUACCAGCCCAUACGUUCAACCACCCUCAUACCAACAAAAAAUAUCUGAUUAAAUAUACCAUCACUUGUUAGACCACUCAUGUGGUUUAUAAACUGACCUGUACCUGUGGCCUUUCUUAUAUUGGAAAGACUGAGACAGCUCUAUGCAAAUGGAUCAGGGAACAUAGGUCUAGUAUUAGAUUAGCCUACAGAGAUGGAACAUCAGAUAAACCAUUUGCAAAACAUUAUCUACAACUUGGCCAUCCGCUGUCAACCUUGAUGUUUGUAGGCAUUGAUCAUAUACCACUACUGAAGAGAGGUUGUGACUGAGGCAAAAUUCUAUUGAAUAGAGGCCUUUUGGAUCCACGAACUGGGCACCAUAUCUUCAAAGGGACUUAACGACCUCAUUCCUUUUUACUCCUUCUUGUAAAAGUAUGCGAUAAAAUACUUGUUAGGCAUAGUUCAGUCUUGCUUGCAAUUAUUUUUAUUUUUUUAAGUUUAGUGGAGAAAGGGUACAUUAUAUAUUUUCUGUAUAGCGCUAACUAUUAACAAAUGUGAUAAUGAAAAAUGUCCUCUUAUCAGUAUUUAAUGGUAAGUAAGGUUUAAUCCCUGUACUUUGAAAACCAUGCCCUAUAAUUUCUGCAGUGAUAUCUCAAUGCAAUUAAUGUAAUGUUUAGGACAAAUACCACACUAGCAGAAAUGUUGAUACCCUUUUUUGACAAUUAUGUUUUUUUAUAGAAAUUAUAUGGAAUAUAUUUUAUAUUAACUGACACAUAUGUAUAGUAUCCGCACUUGUCACUUUUUCUGAAAAUAGUUCAAUUAUUAGGCACUUUAUGCUUAUUCUAGCACUUUUUUGUAUAGAUAUACGCAUACUGCCACUUUUAAUGCAUUACAGCCACAAUGUUCUAUCAUUAACAUGUCACUUUAACAUAGCUGUAACGCAUCAACGGGCACCCCGACUGGAUACCUCAAUUGAAGGAUGCUCCUAGCGCUUCCUGAGGACUCCAAGCACUGCAGCAGACACCAUAACCACCGUGGACUCCUCCAGGGAGCAAGGCAGGAACAAGCUCUUACAAGAGCUUAGUAGUGAUUUAGCAAGGGAGUAUGACAAGCAUAGCAAUCCCUUGUAGCAGAUUCCCCCAAUAAGUGACGGCACUCCAAAUUGAGGGUGAAGUAGAACUGAAGCUUUUAAUCAAACACUCUGCUUUUAUGCACAUUUUACACACAUAGUAUUGCCCACAGGGUUUUGCAGAACAACCAAUCAAUAUGUACAAUACACUCAGACACUCCCACACAAAAUCCUCCCCUCUGCCUGAUAUAAUUACUGAACACAAUUAAUGUAAUUAUCACAGGCAGGAAAAUACACAGUUUUACACAAUAUUCAUAACUAAAAGUAUACAUCACAUUCACAUAAAACUUACAUUUCAGAAAUUGCAUACUCCAAAUACAAACAUACGUCAAAAUCAUACAAAUUGGUUCAGUGGGUCAAAAGUUAGUUAGAAGUCCCUUUGUGACCAUCUGCAAGCAUGGCUUGGGUGUGCUAAGCCAAUUACCUCCAGCAUACAGAAAAUAGCUCUAGUCACAACAACAGUAAAACACAUAAAAAUACAUAAUUCCUAUUAUACUUAACAGAACCCCCACAUUCAAGCUUGGAUCUGAGCGCUCACUAUAUCCGAACAGUGCUCAAAUACCACAAACACAGUCAAAUCGCCGUGGGUUAAACCAUAGCAACAGGUUCCAACUGGUCUGGCAGUGUCCCUGGGACAACACCCUGCUGGAGAACAAUAGACAGGAAAUGGGGAGGGGCACACCUUCUCAUGUAUUCAAAGGGGCAGAAAAAGUGUUUUAAAAUCCAAUAAGCCCAAAUAAUGUCUUUAAAGGGCAAUACAUCCCAGGGGCCAUAGUCAGAUGGCAGGAGGCUGGCAAUCAGUCUUCUCCAAUGCCCAGUGGCGAGGUCGGUUUCGCCACAAUAGCAAUCUGUCUAUGCACGUUCACACAUUUCUAUACUUUCCAUGCACUUCAUUCAUCCUUUCACUAUGACACUUUCCUGAAACCAAAGAUUGGUGUUAUUUCACUUACGGGGCUUCCUAGCUCUCUUUCUAUUCUGAUAUGUUUAGCUGAAGAAAUAUUAUUAACCUUGUAAAGACUUGCAUAGCAAGAACGAUGCAUAACAUUUAGCAUUUCAAAAGACUGCCAUUUUCUACCAUAAUGUGAGACCUGCUCCUCCCAAGACUUGACUGGUAUGUGUGCAUCCAUUUUUUAUUGGGAAGCCAGAAUGGCACUAAUGUAGCUAAGGAGAUUUUAGGAAUAGUUUUUAUUAGGUCCUGAAAGACACACUUAGUUAUAGUUAUAACAAAUUUACUAUGCAGCAGUUUUACUCCCAUUUGACCUGGAUAUCUGUAUAUGUCAUAGCUAUAGUAAACAGGGUUAUUUACUAAAGUGUGAAUUUAAUGUAAAUUUCAAAUUAGACUAGAGUAGUCAAACUGAAAGCAUAGCUUACUUAGAGAAUGUUUCCAGUUCAGAUUUACCUUACAUUUGAAAUUCACUUCAAACUCUCGGUUUAAUGAAUAACUCUUUAAAUAUGUAUUUUUAAACCACUGUUAGUACUUUUUAACUUUACUUUACGUGUAUUUAAUUAUGUUCAACUAAUGUAAUUUGUCUAAUUUCAGAUGAGUUUAAGAUAUUUUCACUGAAGAAUCCAGAAUAUGCGAAGUUGUUCACAACUUACCUGGAACACCAGAGAUACUACUAUAUGCUGCAAGAAGACCAGGAUCAGGAUAGGCAUUUAAAGAUCUGUGCAGAAAGAGACGUCUAUUCUGCAACAACACUGAAUCUACAUCAUAGUACUUCAGAAAAAAAGGAAGACUGAGAAUAAUCAAAUUGACACCAGAGUCAUUAAACAAUUAUUAUCAAUGUUGCAUUUAAAACUUUCAGUACAUUAAAAAAAAAUCAGUUAAAAUAAUGUUACUGCAACUUUGUGUUACUUUAUGAAUUUACUGGCGAGAUCUAUCUACACAUCGAUAAUCAAAGAGAAUAAAAAUACAAUGCAAUUAUGAAA